AUGGGAUUGUUUCGGUUCCACAGGAAGGAUUAUGUUUCCUGUCACCUGGAGAUCGAGAGCAGCCUUCAUGCUGACGCCGGCGUGUACAAAGUCACUCUGGAGAACAAACUUGGAGCUGCCAGCGCCACCAUCAACGUCAAAGUCAUCGGUCUUCCUGGUCCCUGUAAGGAGAUCAUAGCCUCUGAGAUCACAAAGAGCUCCUGCAAAGUGUCCUGGGAUCCUCCAGACUACGACGGCGGCAGCCCAAUUCUUCACUACGUCCUGCAGCGGCGUGAGGCCGGCAGGAGGACUUACGUCAACAUGAUGUCCGGAGAGAACAAGGUGAGCUGGAACGUCAAAGACCUGAUCCCUAACGGAGAGUACUACUUCAGAGUUCAGGCUGUGAACAAGAUCGGAGGAGGAGAGUUCGUCGAGCUCCGCAACCCAGUCAUCGCAGAGGACCAGAAACACGCUCCGGACCCACCAGUGGAUGUGGAGACCCAUAACCCCACAUCCAGCACCAUCACUCUGACCUGGAAGCCUCCCAUGUAUGACGGUGGCUCGAAAAUCAUGGGCUACAUACUGGAGAGGCAACAAAAGGGCGAGGACAAGUGGGAGAGGUGCAACGACUUCCUAGUGCCUGUCCUCUCCUACACCGUCAGAGGACUGAGGGAGGGAAAGAACUACGCCUUCAGAGUCAGAGCCGAAAACUCAGCCGGGGUCAGCGAACCGUCACGUGGCACGCUAUUCGUUAAGAUCUCAGAAGCUGUUGAUGCUCCAAAGGUUUUCCUGAGCGGCAGCCUGCAGUCAGGUCUCAGCGUGAAGCGCGGCUGUGAGAUCUGCCUAGAUGCCAACAUCUCCGGCUCACCAUACCCCGAGAUCACCUGGUACUGCAACAACCAGGUGAUCCGGCCCGAGCCGCUCCGCAAGAGGCCCGAAAAGCCUCUGAAGAAGAAGGUGGAGAAGAAAGAGGAGAAGAAGGAAGUCGAGGAGAAGAAGGAAGUCGAGGAGAAGAAAGAAGGAGAGGUGAAGGAAGGAGAAGAGAAAAAAGAUGGAGAGGAGAAGAAGAAAGAGGAGGAGGCAGCAGAGCCGGAGGUGGAGGAGUCUGACUACCCAACGAUAAACGAGCGCCUGGCCAUCGACAACCACCGCAGAGGUACUUCCUCCAUCGUCAUCAGGGACUCGAUCCGCGCCGACCACGGCGUCUACAUGGUGAAGGUGGAGAACGACCAUGGCAAAGCCUCGGCAACCUGCGAGGUCAACGUGCUUGAUACUCCCGGUCCUCCCGUCAACUUCAGAUUCGAGGAGGUGAGGAAGAACUCUGUGGUCUGCAGGUGGGAUCCUCCACUGGAUGACGGCGGCAGCGAGAUCCUCAAUUACACCCUGGAGAAGAAGGAUAACUCGAAGCUGGAAUUCGGCUGGAGCAGCGUCACCACCACACUGAGAGGAUGCAGAUACCUGGUGCCCAAACUCAUUGAGAAGAAGGAGUACAUCUUCAGGGCCGUGGCCGAGAACAAGUUCGGUGCCGGACCCGCCUGUGUCUCCAAACCACUCAUCGCCAAGAAUCCUUUCGAUCCUCCCGAGGCUCCUGAAAAGCCACAGAUCGAUGACAUCACAGCCCACAGCAUGCUCGUCACCUGGAACAUGCCAAACGACAAUGGCAGCCCCAUCGUGGGAUACUGGGUGGAGCGUCGUGAGAUCAACAGCUCACACUGGGCUCGUGUUAACAGGAACAUCGUCCCCGACACUGAGCUGAACGUUGAGGGUCUGCUCGAGGGCCUGACUUACAUCUUCAGGGUGGCAGCUGAAAACCAAGCCGGCCCAGGAAAGUUCAGCGCCCCGUCUGAACCCCAAACAGCCCAAGCUCCGAUUUUACCUCCUGGACCACCUGUCGCCCGAGUGGCGUCAACCACUGACCACUCCAUCGACGUGGAGUGGGACCCACCUGCUGACAACGGUGGAGGAGAGAUCCUGGGGUACCAUGUGGACAAGGCCAUGGCCGGUACCAAGGACUGGUCCAGGUCCACAGAGCGUCCCUGGAAGACCCGGUUGUUCACAGUCUACGGAGUCCGUGAGGGAGCCAAAUACCUGGUGAGAGUCAUCGCCUGCAACGCAGCAGGAGAGGGAACACCAGGAUUCACAGAGUCUGUGUUCGUCAGGAAUCCUGCAGAGUUGCCAGUUAUUGAAAUGGACCUAUCAGUCAAGAAUGGCAUUAUAAUCAGAGCCGGAGAGAACCUUCGUGUUCCCGCUACAGUGACAGGUAAACCCUACCCCUCCCUCACCUGGACCAAGGAUGAUGGUAAACCCGACAAAGACCGUGUGGAGAUUCUGACUGAAGGCAACGAUAGCGUUGUUUCAAUCAACAACGUCCAGAGGAAGGACUGCGGCAAAUACCAAAUCUCUGCCUGCAACCCCAGUGGAAAGAAGUCUGCUUGGACCAGAGUGGAGGUCAUGGACGUCCCUGGACCUGUCACAGACCUGAAGCCUGUUGUAGUCACUCGUAAGAUGAUCUUCCUGAACUGGGAUGACCCUGUGGACGACGGAGGCAGCGACCUGACAGGCUUUGUCGUUGAGCGAAAAGACGCCAAGAUGCACACGUGGAGGCAGCCCGUUGAAACUGCCUCAUCCAAGUGCGAGUGUGUUGGCAUCAUGGAGGGACAGGAGUACAUGUUCCGCGUUAUUGCCAAAAACAAGUAUGGAAUGGGGCCGCCCGUCGAGCUGGGACCACUCAAAGCUGUGGAUCCGCAGGGUCCACCAUCGUACCCUGAGAAGUUCCAUUACACUGAGCGCACCAAGAACUCCAUUACAUUGGCCUGGAAGCCGCCACGUAAUGACGGCGGCAGCCCGGUCAUCGGAUACUUCGUAGAGAAGAAGAGGCAGGACCAGCAGGCCUUCGAGCCAUGUAACACAGAGAUCUGCCCCAACAUGACCAUGACCGUGGAGGGCCUGGAAGAUGCCUGGAUGUACGAGUUCAGGAUCAAGUGUACUAACCUUAUCGGAGAGAGCGAGCCGUCCACGCCACUCACUGUGGUCAUCCAAGAUGAUGAAGUGGCUCCUGAGGUCCACAUGCUGAAGCACUUCAAGGGGGACUCCAUUACCGUGAAAAAGGGCGAACCCAUCGAGCUCCCCGCCGACAUCCUGGGACUCCCCAUCCCUAAGAUUGAGUGGACCAAAAAUGAUGUGGUCAUAGAUAAGCCAACCGAGACUCUGCUUAUCGAAACAGAGGUGACGGGCAGGAUGAACGCCAAGACGAUGCUGUCCAUCCCAGCAGUCAACAGGAGGGACCGUGGCAGCUACACUGUCUCUGCCUCCAACAACAUGGGCUCAGCCAAACACACCACCUUUGUCAUGGUGCUGGACCGACCACUCCCACCCAGGAACGUGAUGGUGUCCAACAUCAAGGCGGAGUCCUGCUACCUCCAGUGGGAUGCACCUCUGGACGAUGGCGGCAGCGAACUGACCAACUACAUUGUUGAAAAGAAAGAAGUGAUGAUGGAGGAGCCGGAGCUGGAAGAGGGACAGGAAGCUCCAGCUGAGCCACAGUGGGUGGAGGUUACCAACAGCAUCAUUGAGAAGAAAUACACGGUGUGGAACCUGGAGACCAGCAAGACAUACUUGUUCCAGGUCCGAGCUGAGAACCGCUACGGUAAAUCUGACCCCUGUGUGACAGAGCAGGUCCAGAUCACGGACCCCUUCGGCCUCCCCGGCCCUCCAGAGAAACCGACCAUCGCGGAAUAUAACAAGACCUCCAUGACCCUGACCUGGGAGCCUCCCAGGGACAAUGGUGGCUCCAUGAUUAUUGGCUACUGGCUGGAGAAGAGAGAGAAAGGAACCAGCUACUGGGCCAAAGUCAACAAGGUGCCGGUCACUAAGAGGGGCGCGAAAGGCUGGGAGUACCAGGUGACUCGUCUGUUUGAAGGAACUGAGUACGAGUUCAGAGUUGCUGCCUGCAACUCUGCAGGAGCUGGACCAUUCAGUGGACCGUCCGACUCUGCCUUCGCCGUCAAUCCAAUCACUCCUCCCAGCAUGCCCGCUGCUCCUGAGGUGGCUGAUAAGACGAAGCACAAUGUCACUCUGAGCUGGAAACCACCGGAGAGCGACGGAGGAAGUCCCAUCAAGGGUUACAUUGUCCAGAUCCAGAAUGAAGGUUCCUCAGAGUGGGUGAGGGUGAACGACCCCGACACCCUUCACCCCACCACUGAGUACACAGUGCCCAGCCUCCGUGAGCUGAAACGCUUUCGCUUCAGGAUCAUCGCCGUCAAUGACAUCGGCGAGUCCGACCCCAGCCCUCGCACCGGCGAGGUUCUGAUCGAGGAUAUCCAGCUCGGACCGUCCAUCUCCAUUGACGUGCUUGUCGACGACCUGCUCUGCAUUCGUGCUGGUGAUCCUAUCAAGAUCCCUGCCACCAUUAAGGGACGCCCAGCUCCCAAGGUCACCUGGGACUUUGAUGGCAAAGCCAAGUCGCACAAGAAGAACAAACUGCACACGCUGCCUGUCGACUCUGAGGUCGAGUCCACUGACACCACGUCUGUCGUGAUCGUCCCUGUGAGUCUGAGGAGCCACUCCGGACGUUACACCAUCACUGCAAAGAACAAGUCUGGACAGAAACAUGUGAACGUCAGAGUCAAUGUCCUCGACGUCCCCGGACCUCCAAAAGAGCUGAGGGUUACUGACAUAACUCGGGCUACCAUGAGGCUGAUCUGGAAACUGCCCGAUAAUGACGGAGGAGAGAGAAUUAAGAGCUACUUCAUAGAGAAGAGAAGUGUCACUGACAAGGCCUGGACCAAGGUGAACGCAGCUUGUGCCAGUCAGGCGUACGUGGUGCCAGGUCUGCUGGAGGGUCAGAACUACCUGUUCAGGGUCCGAGCUGAGAAUAGACUCGGAUUUGGUCCGUUCACCGUCACCACAGAACCUGCUCAGGCCAGAGAUCCCAUCUACCCCCCCGACCCCCCCACCAAGCUGAAGGUUAACCUGGUGACAAAGACGACCGUGACUCUGAGCUGGGAGGCACCCAAAAACAACGGCGGCUCCCCAGUGAAGCAUUACAUCAUUGAGCGUCUGAGCUGGGACACCAGCGGCAAAGAGAAGGAGACGUGGAAACAGUGCAACAAGAGAGAUGUUGAGGAGCUCACCUUCGUGGUGGAGGACCUGAAAGAGGGAGGAGAAUAUGAGUUCAGGGCGAAAGCUGUGAACGCUGCCGGACCCAGCCGACCCUCUUCCACCGUGGGACCCAUGCUCAUCAAGGAUCAAACAUGUGCUCCCACCAUCGUGUUGCGUGAGGCCAUGGAGGGCGAGGAGGGCUGUGAUGUCAGCGUGGUGGCAAAGGUGAGUGGCUGUCCGUUCCCCACACUCACCUGGAAGAUGGCCAGCCUUGCCAAACCUGACGAGAAGGCUGCUGUCCAGUACGGCCAGCACAUCAGCAAACUGGUGACGCAGGACAAAUGCACGCUACUGAUCCAGCAGGCCAGUAGGCACGACAGUGCCCUCUACAGCCUGACGGCCAGCAAUAGCCUGGGCACAGUCACCAAGGACAUCAAGCUCUCAGUGCUGGGACCUCCUGGCCAGCCCGUUGGACCAAUCACAUUCACCGAGGUGUUUGCAGACAGGAUUGGCCUGGCCUGGCACCCUCCAACAGACGACGGAGGAUCCAAGAUCACCAACUAUGUGGUUGAGAAGCGCGAGGACAACAGGAAGUCUUGGGUCCAUGUUUCCAACGACCCCAAGGAGUGCGCGUAUGUGGUCACCCGUCUGACAGAGAACCACGAGUAUGAGUUCCGGGUCAUGGCCCAGAACAAGUUCGGAGUUGGGCCUCCACUGGUCAGCGCAGCGGAGAAGGCCAGAAACCUGUUCACUGUCCCGGGUCAGUGUGAGAAACCGACUGUGACCGAGGUCUGUCUCGAGUCAAUGACCGUCAACUGGGAUGAGCCAAAGUACGACGGCGGCUCCUCCAUCACUGGCUAUAUUGUUGAGAAGAAAGAGACCACCGCAAAGCGCUGGGCCCGUGUUACACGCGACCCGAUCCGAGCACUGCCAAUAGGCAACAACUGGGAUGUCACUGGCCUGCUGGAUGGUGCCCUAUAUCAGUUCAGGGUCAUCGCCGUCAACGCCGCUGGCUGUGGUCUCCCCAGUGUUCCCUCGGACCCUGUCCUCUGCAGAGACCCCAUCAAACCUCCCGGACCCCCGACUCCGAAGGUGACAGACUGGACAAAGUCAACGGUGGAGCUGGAGUGGAUCCCUCCUCUGGUGGACGGAGGGUCAAAGGUCACUGGCUACAUCGUAGAGUUCAAGGAAGUGAAUAAGGAGGAGGAGGAGAAGAAAGCCCAGAGGAGGCUGCUAUUGAGUGACGUCGAAGAGGAGAAGGAGCCAGAGACCGAGGAGAGCUGGACCAAGGCAAAGGAAACAGAAAUCAGAGGAACCAAAUUUGUGGUUGAUGGCCUGAAGGAAGGCGGUCUGUACAGAUUCCGAGUCCGAGCCGUGAACGCUGCCGGAGUGGGAGAUGCAGGACUCGUGUCAGAGCUGAUCGAAGUCAAAGACAGAACAAUUCCUCCUGAGAUGGACCUGGAUGCCUCGGUGAAGGAGAGGAUUGUGGUCCACGCUGGAGGCACCAUCCGUAUCAUCGCCUACGUGUCUGGUAAACCCGCCCCACAGAUCACCUGGUGCCGAGAAGAAGCCGAGGUGCCCAAAGAGGCCGUGGUAGAGACGACGGGCAUCUCCAACUCGUUGGUCAUCAAGAACUGCAGACGCCAGCACCAGGGCAUCUACACCCUGAGUGCCAAGAAUGAGGGAGGAGAGAGGAAGAAGGCCGUCAUGGUCGAAGUCCUGGACGUCCCUGGACCCGUUGGUCUUCCCUUCGCCGGUGAGAACCUCACCACGGACUCCUGCAAGUUAACCUGGUGCUCCCCCGAGGACAAUGGCGGAUCGGCCAUCACCAACUACAUUAUUGAGAAGAGGGAGUCGGACCGCAUGGGCUGGACAUCGGUGUCCUACACAGUGACGAGGAACAACGCAGUGGUUCAGGGACUCAUUGACGGGAAGGGCUACUUCUUCAGGAUUGCAGCCGAGAACAUCAUUGGCAUGGGACCAUUCAUCGAGACAGACAAGAUGGUUCUCAUCAAGGAUCCCAUCUCUGUCCCAGAGCGUCCAGAGGACCUGUUCGUCACCGCCGUUACCAAGGACUCCAUUUCUGUCACCUGGAGACCGCCCAAGUACGACGGUGGUGCUGAAGUGACCGAGUACGUCCUGGAGUCCCGCAUGCUCGGCCGGGACUACUUUAUACGCGUAGGUGCUGGGGACAAACUGAUGGACAGGAAGUUCACACUGACCGGGCUGAAGGAAGGAUCGAGCCAUGAGUUCAGAGUCUCUGCCAUCAACCAGGUGGGACAAGGAAAACCGUCCUUUGCCACCAAACCGGUGCAGUGCAAGGACGAGAUCGAACCUCCCACUCUGGACCUGGACUUUAGAGACAAGACAAUGGUGAAGGUUGGAGACAGCUGCACACUUUCGGGACGCUACAGUGGCAAACCGGCCCCAACCGUCAGCUGGAAGAAGAACGACGAGGAGCUGAAGGCAGAUGAGGAGAUCAACCUCCACAGCACCACCCGCCAUCUCAGCCUGAACAUCAGCAAAGCCAAGAGAGAGCACAGUGGCUGCUACUGCGUCAGUGUGGAGAAUGUCGCCGGAGCUCGCACAGGAAUCUGCACCAUCACUGUGGUUGACCGUCCUCAGCCUCCAGAGGGGCCUGUGGUCUUUAAUGAGGUCUACAGGAACUACAUGGUGAUCUCGUGGAACCCGCCUCUGGAUGAUGGAGGCUGCGCCAUCUCUAACUACAUCAUCGAGAAGAGAGACACCAACAGAGACCUUUGGAUGCCCGUCACUGCUUCCUGUACCAGGACGUCCUGCAGGGUGCCGAAGCUGAUCGAGGGUCGUGAUUACAUCAUCAGGAUCAUGGCUCAGAACAUCUAUGGCAUCAGCGAGCCACUCCUGUCUGCAGAGAGCAAGGCUAGAGACUUGUUCAAGGUGCCUGAUGCUCCUAGACAGCCCACAGUGAAAGAGGUGUACCAUGACUCCGCCCUCAUCAGCUGGGAACCACCUGCAGACGGAGGAAAACCCAUCACAAGCUACAUUGUGGAGAGGAAGGAGACCAUGGCCAACAGGUGGGUGCGAUGCAACACGGACAGAAUCCAUCCGAAGGUGGAGUACUGGGUGACGGAGCUGCUACAAGGUUGCGAGUAUGAGUUUCGAGUCAGUGCUGAGAACGAGGUGGGAGCCGGCGACCCAAGUCCACCGUCCAAACCCGUCUUCGCCAAAGAUCCAAUAGUGAAACCUGGUCCACCAGUGAACCUCGAGGCCAUCGACUUCACCAAGGAGUCGGUGACUCUGUCCUGGGACCCGCCCACUGACACCGGCAGAGGAAAGAUCUUUGGAUACCUGCUGGAGUUCCAGAAAGCUGGAGAGGAGGAGUGGCAAAAGGUGAACCAGACUCCAGACUCCUGCCAGGAGACCAAAUUUAAGGUGAUCAACCUGGAUGAUGGCGCUCUUUACCGCUUCAGAGUCAAGGCUGUCAACGCUGCUGGAGAGUCGGACCCAGCUAACUUGAAAGAGCCAAUCAGAGUGCAAGACAGACUUGAACCUCCAGAGCUAAUUCUGGAUGCCGGAAUGACCCGAGAGAUCAAGGCCCUGUCAGGCACUCACAUCACUCUGAUGGCAACCAUCAAAGGUGCCCCGUUCCCCACGGUAACCUGGAAGAAGAACGAGGCUGAUGUUCCCACCAGGGCGGACAUUGAGACCAACCAAGCAGGCACUAAGCUGGAGAUGAGGUUCUGUAACCGUGGUGACUGUGGAGACUACACCCUGAAUGUGGAGAACCCAGCCGGAUCCAAGACCGUCACCUGCACCGUACUGGUCCUGGACAAACCUGGACCCAUUCAGCACCUCCGGGUGUCAGAUGUCAGAAAUGACUCUGCCUACCUUUCCUGGAAGGACCCAGAAGACAGCGGCGGUACUCGCAUUACAAACUUUGUGGUGGAGAAGAAAGACACAGCAUCCACUCAGUGGGUCCCCGUCUGCUCCACAUCCAAGAAACGCAGCAUGAUGCUGAAGCACCUGAUGGAGGGCACGUCCUAUGUGUUCAGAGUCGCUGCUGAGAACCAGUAUGGCCGCAGCGAGUACGUUGAGACGCCAAAGGCCAUCAAGGCAAUGAACCCACUCUUCCCUCCUGGUCCUCCCAAAGACCUGCACCAUGACAACGUGGACAAGACUGAGGUGUGGUUGGUCUGGAACUGGCCUGACCGCAAUGGAGGAAGUGAGAUAACAGGCUUCCUGGUGGAGUAUCAGGAGGAGGGAGAGAAGGAGUGGGAUGAAUGGAAGAUUGUCAGCAUCCCUGAGAGUCAUGUGACUGGCCUGGAGGAAGGAAAGACCUACCGCUUCAGAGUGAGGGCAGAGAAUGCCAUUGGCCUGAGCAGACCCGACACCACCGUGCCCAUCCUCUGCCAGGAGAGACUGGUGCCUCCAAUCGUUGAGGUGGACGUUAAGCUCACUGAAGGCAUCAUUGUGAAGGCCGGCACCACCAUUAGGCUGCCAGCUAUCAUGAGAGGAAUCCCUGUUCCCACUGCCAAGUGGACCAUUGAAGGAGAGGAGAUCACCACCCAGGGCAACAUCAAGAUAGACACUGACAACUUCUCCACUGUGCUCAGCAUCAAUGAGUGCACAAGGAACCACACUGGCACUUACCUGCUUACUGUAUCCAACCCAGCUGGAACAAAGACAGUGGCCUUAAACGUCACUGUCCUGGAUGUUCCAGCUGCUCCCAUUGGACCUGCCAACAUCCUGGAGGUCACUCCUGACUCAAUGACGAUUGAAUGGCGCCCUCCCAAGGAUGAUGGCGGUAGCCCUGUCACCAACUACAUUGUGGAGAAGAGGGAGUCGAGCAAGGAGACUUGGGGAGGUGUAAUCUCAGGAAGCCUCGCUACCCAGCUCAGGAUAACCCGCCUACAGAAGGGAGCGGAAUAUGUUGUUCGCAUUCGUGCUGAGAACAAGAUGGGAAUUGGUGCUCCUCUGGAGACCAAACCCACUGUUGCUGAGCACUCCUUCAUGCCACCUAGUCAGCCUGGUAAGCCACAGACCUCUGACAUUUCAGAGGAUGCUGUCACAGUUGGCUGGACCAUGCCCCUGUCUGAUGGCGGCAGCCAGAUCAAUGGCUACAUAAUUGAGCGCAGACACAAGGGAGGAAAAUGGAUCCGUGUCAAUAAGACACCUUGCAAAGACCUGAGGUACAGAGUCCUGGGUCUGUUUGAGGGCAAUGAGUACGAGUUUAGAGUGUUUGCUGAGAAUAUCGCUGGCUACAGUGGACCCUCCCCCAUCUCUGACCCGUGCAAGCCCUGCAGGCCUAUCACCGUCCCCAGUCCCCCUGUGAACCCCAGAGUUAAAGAUUACAGCAAAACCACUGCAGACCUGGUCUGGACCAAACCCAAUAAAGACGGCGGCAGCCCCAUCCUGGGCUACAAUGUGGAAAUGAAGAAAGCAGAUACUGACGAAUGGAAAAAAGUGAACCUGGAAGACUUUGUCAAGCAGUGUGCCUAUAGCGUGAAGGGACUGGAAGAGGGCGUGACCUACAGAUUCAGAGUUUGUGCCUCAAACAUGAUUGGAGAUGGAGAGCCCAGAGAAAUCCCAGAAUCCAUCACUACACAGGAUAUCCUCAUCCCACCAGAGAUAGAGAUGGAGGCCUCCUGCAGAGAGCGUGUCAUUGUGCGUGCCGGACACAACAUCAACAUCAUUGGUUACAUUAGGGCCCGUCCUGACCCUGAGGUAAUUUGGUCAAAGGAGGAGACAGUUCUGGAGAACAACAAACGUGUCACCAUCACUCAGAACUUCCCCUUGGUCCACCUGAAGAUUAAGGAGGCCACAAGAGCUGACCAUGGCAAAUACGUCCUUAAGGCUUCAAAUGUAGGCGGGGAGGCCUCCUGCGCAAUCACAGUCAAUGUGCUCGACAGACCCAGCCACUGUCAGAACCUGCACAUUACCUAUGCAACCAAGGACUCAUGCAUGAUCAACUGGGAGACCCCUCAAGACAAUGGUGGAUCUGAGAUCACCAACUACAUUGUGGAAUGCCGUGAGCCUAGCAUUAGCAUGUGGUCUAUGAUCUCCUCCAACUGCAGAAAUCGCAAGAUCAAGGCAAAACUGAUGGAGGGCCAUGAGUACCUGUUCCGUGUCUGUGCGGAGAACAAGUUAGGACCCGGUCCAACUGUUGAGACCAAGACCCCUCUGCUGGCCAUUGACCCCAUUGAAAAGCCUGGAGAGCCUGAGAACUUCAGAGCCACCGACAUUGGUAAGAACUACGUCAAUCUGAGAUGGAGGAAGCCUGACUAUGAUGGUGGAAGCCCCAAUCUCUCCUACAACCUGGAGUGCAAAGUCAAAGAUGCUGAGGAGUGGGAGAAACUCAGCACUGGCACUCUCACCAAUACCUUCUUCCUGGCUGACCAGUGUGUAGAGAAUAAGACGUACACUUUCAGGGUGCAGACUGUUAAUGAGGGAGGUGAAAGUACCUGGGUGGGACUUCCUAAUAUUGUGGUUAGGGAAGAGAUCCAGAAGCCUGUCAUUGACCUGAAGCUGGCUGGAACUCUGACAGUGAUGGUUGGAGAGUCGGUCAGGAUGGAGGCUGGGCUGAGAGGAAAACCCCAGCCUGAGGUCAAAUGGACGAAAGACAAGGCUGUUGGAGACAACCCUAGAAUCAGCUAUGAGACUGGGCCCGACUACUCCAAGUUCCUCAUGACCAAGUCCAGACGCACUGACACAGGAAAAUAUAUCAUCACUGCCACUAACUCGGCUGGCACCUUCACAGCAUACGCCAACGUUAAUGUCCUGGAUGUCCCCGGACCUGUAAGGAACCUGAGGGUUACAGGCCUAAGUGCUGACAAGUGCAGAGUGGUGUGGGAUGCUCCAGAGGAUGAUGGAGGUUGUGAGGUGGAUAGCUACAUCCUGGAGAAAUGUGAGACCAGGAGGAUGGUUUGGUCAACAUACUCAUCCUCUGUGGUUACGCCGUACUGCAAUGUCACUCGUCUCGUGGAGGGCAAUGAGUACAUCUUCAGAGUGAGGGCUGAGAACAAGAUGGGAACCGGCCCUGCCAUGGAGAGCAAGCCUGUCACUGUCAAGACUCAGUUCAACAAACCUGGGCCCCCUGAGGCCCCAGAGGUCACCAAGGUGAGUAAAGACGAGAUGACAGUGGUGUGGGCUCCUCCUGAGAGCGAUGGAGGAAAGUCAAUCACUGGUUACAUCCUGGAGAGGAAAGAGAAGAGGGCUGUCCGCUGGGUGCCAUGCACCAAAAGCCCUAUCUCUGAGAGGCGCAUGAAAGUCACCAACUUGAUUCUCAACCACGAGUACCAGUUCAGGGUGAAGGCUGAGAAUGAGGUUGGUCUUGGCGAGCCCAGCAAACCCUGCAGACCCGUUGCAGCCAAAGAUCCCAUUGAGCCCCCUGGCCCCCCUGCAGGCCUGAAGGUGGGUGACAGCACCAAGACCUCUAUCACACUAGCCUGGUCCAAACCUGUGUACGAUGGUGGUGCCCCAAUAAUUGGCUACAGCUUGGACUUGAGGCUGAAGAGCGAGGCAGACCCUGAAAAGCCCACAGAGGGCUGGAAGAGAAUUGACACACGUGGCCCAUUGGUACUCACAGAGUUCACCAUUGGUCAGCUGGAUGAAAAACAGGAGUACGAAUUCAAGGUGUCUGCCAAAAACCAGAUGGGCUGGGGACGUCAUGCCUACUUGAAGGAGGCCGUCUCCCCCAAAGAGAUCCUUGAGGCUCCAGAGAUCGAGCUGGAUGCUAGUCUGAGAAAGGGUCUGGCAGUUAGAGCUGGAUGUCCAAUCAGGCUGUUUGCUGUAAUCAGAGGAAGACCUGCCCCCAAGGUUACCUGGAAGCGCAUCGGUGUGGACAAUGUGACCCGUCGUGGCCACGUGGACCAGGUUGACACCAUGUCCUUUCUGGUAAUUCCCGAAAGCACCAGAGAGGAUUCUGGGAGAUACUCACUAACUCUGUCCAACUCAGCGGGAGAGAAAGCUGUCUUCGUUCGUGUCAAAGUGCUUGACACCCCUGGUCCUGUUGGCGACCUAGGGGCAACUGACAUCACCAAGACAACAGCUCAACUGUCCUGGUUGCCACCAGAGAAUGACGGUGGCAGUACCAUUAUUAACUACAUUGUGGAGAAACGAGAGGUGGACAGGAAGACAUGGACCAAGUGCACAGAGGUCCUGAAGAAGACAAGCUUCAAGGUGACCAACAUGACACCUGGAAUCGAGUACUACUUUAGAGUCAUGGCCUGCAACAAGUACGGCAUUGGUGUUCCUCAGGACUCACCUAAGUCCUACCUGGCAGUUGAUCCCAUCAGUGAACCUGACCCUCCGAAGAAGAUGGACGUGUUGGAGAUCACUAAGAACAGUGCCACACUUGGCUGGCUGAAGCCACUCAGAGAUGGUGGAGCCAAGAUCAACGGUUAUGUGGUGGACUACCAAGAAGAGGGUGCACCAGAAGACAAGUGGACGCCGUAUUCUGUGGUCAAAGACCUGACCAUUGUGGUGGUUGGUAUCAAGGAAGGAAAGAAGUACAAGUUCAGAGUGGCAGCCAGAAACUCAGUGGGAGUCAGUCUGGCAAGAGAGGCAGAGGGAAUGUUUGAGAUCAAGGAGCAGCUCAUGGCUCCUAAGAUAAUCUUGCCUGAUACUGUGACCGUCAAAGCUGGAUCCAAGAUGGUGAUUGAGGCCAUUGUAGCAGGUAAACCUGCUCCUGUCUGCAAGUGGAAGCAGGGCAACGAGGAUGUGCUGACCUCUGACCGACUGUCGAUUGUAAAGACACUGACAACCUGCACGCUAAUCAUCAAAAACGUGAGAAGAAACGACAGUGGCUACUUCAGCCUGUCAGCUGAGAACAGCACCGCCAGGAUCAACCACAUCCUCAAAGUCAUCGUUAUGGAUAUUCCUGGACCUCCUGAAGCUCCUCUGGAGAUCACAGAAAAGGACAUUGAUGCCUGCACACUGCUGUGGAAUUCCCCACAAGAGGACGGCGGCAGCAACAUCACCAACUACAUUGUAGAGAAGUGUGACGUCAGCGAGGGUGACUGGAUCACCGUGUCCACAUCCUGCACUAAAACCAAAUUCAGAAUAACAAAACUGACCACUGGCAAAGAGUACAGCUUCCGAGUCCGUGCUGAGAACAGGUUCGGCGUCUCCGAGCCCAUUUAUUCUGAGAGGAUGAUCGCCAGACAUCCAUUUGAUCCUCCCAGUGAGCCCAAAAACCUGCAGAUUAACAAGGUCUGCAAGGAAUCUGUCAUCCUGUCAUGGGAGCAUCCCAGCAGCGAUGGUGGCAGCCCCAUCACCGGAUACUGCAUUGAAAAGAAGGAGAGGAACAGCCUUCUGUGGGUGAAGGCGAAUGAAUCUAUGGUCAAAGCCACCCAGUACACCUGCACCAACCUGAUCGAGGGCCUGGAAUACACGUUUAGGGUGUCAGCACUUAACAUGGCUGGACAGGGCAAACCUUGCAAACAGACUGACUUCAUCACCACCAGGAGUGCUGUUGACCUACCAGGUAAACCCGAGCCCAUGGAUGUGACCAAAAACUCUGUGUCAUUGGUUUGGACCCGACCCAAGCAUGAUGGCGGCAGCAAGCUGAUUGGCUACUACAUGGAAUACACAAAACUUCCAGAGGACAAGUGGAUUCGCUGUAAUGCAAACUGCAUCAACAUCCAGACAGAGAACUACGUGGUGACCGGCCUGGAGGAGGGUCAACAGUACCAGUUUAGAGUCAUUGCCAAGACCGCCAUCAACAUAAGCCUGCCAUCAGAGCUGUCUGACCCAAUCUCUGUCAUUGCAGAGAACGUUCCUCCUCGUGUGGAGCUGGGUGUCAACAUGAAGAACUUGAUUGUGGUAAAGGCUGGAGAGAACAUCUCCCUGGAUGCUGAAGUAUUCGGCAAACCGCUGCCCAAAGUGGGCUGGAAGAAAAAUGGAGUUCCACUGGUCCUCACUGAGGGAAUGAAGAUGACCCAGAAGAAACAUGUUCACCUGCUGGAGCUCUACUCAGUGACCAGGAAGGAGUCUGGAGACUACAGUAUCACCGCAGAGAACAUCAAUGGCUCCAAGUAUGCCACCAUAAAGCUCAAGGUUCUCGACAAACCAGGGCCUCCAGCCUCUGUGAAAAUUACUAAAGUGUUUGCUGACCGUGUUAAGAUGCGAUGGGAGCCCCCAGUUGCAGAUGGUGGCUCUGAAAUCACUAACUACAUCAUUGAGAAACGUGAGACCAGCAGGGCCAAUUGGGCACUGGUCACCUCCAAUAUCCACGGACACAUCACCGACUGCUCAGUAGAGAAACUCAUCGAAGGACAUGAGUACCAGUUCAGAGUCAGUGCUGAGAACCAGUAUGGUGUGGGAGACCCCAACAUGACUGACGCUGUCAUGGUCAAGAAUCCAUACGAUGUUCCUGGUCCCUGCGAGCCACCAGUCAUCACUAACAUUACCAAAGACUCCAUGACAGUCAGCUGGAAGGCUCCAGCUAACGAUGGCAAGGCUCCCAUCCUGGGCUACAUGAUGGAGAAACGUGAGGCUACAGAACUGACCUGGGCUAAGGUCAACCGCCGGCCCGUCAUCGACAGGACCAUCAAGGCUGCUCAGCUGACAGAAGGCUCAGAAUACGAGUUCAGAGUCAUUGCCAUCAACAAGGCCGGUCCUGGCAAACCCAGUGAUGCUUCCAAUGCUGCACUGGCUGUCGAUCCUGUCUAUCCUCCCGGUCCACCUGCCUUCCCCAAGGUGGUAGACUCCACCAAGAGCUCCAUCAGCCUCAGCUGGACCAAACCUGCAUACGACGGUGGCUGUGAGAUCAUUGGCUACCUUGUGGAGUGCAAGAGAGUGGAGGCUGAGGACUGGACCAAAUGCAAUGUCCCGAAAAAGCUCCAGGCCACUAAAUUCCUGGUGACAGGCCUGAUGGACAACACAGAGUACCAGUUCAGAGUUAUCGCUGUCAACAAGAUUGGCUACAGUGAGCCCAGCGAGGUCCCUGGUAACCACAUGGCCAAGGACAUCCUCAUUGCACCUGAAGCUGAGUUGGAUGCUGAUCUGAGAAAGGCUUUGGUUCUUCGAGCUGGUGUUACCAUGAGGCUCUACGUUCCACUGAGAGGGCGUCCGGCUCCAAAGGUGACAUGGACUAAAGUUGACGCUAACCUGAAGGAUAGACAGGGACUGUUGAUCAAGACAUCAGACUGGGACACCUUGCUGAUGAUUGAGGACAUUAACAGAUACGAUGCCGGCAAAUACGUCCUGACACUGGAAAACAGCAGUGGCUCCAAGAGUUACACCAUUGUGGUCAAAGUCCGUGACUCUCCUGGACCACCUGUGAACCUUAUCGUGAAGGAGACCUCCAGAAACCAUGCCUUUAUCUCCUGGGAGGCCCCAAUGAUUGAUGGCGGUAGCCCGGUGAAGAGCUACAUUGUAGAGAAGCGUCUGGCAGAGAGGAAGGCCUGGACCUGUGUGGCCACAGAGUGUCACAAGAUCUCGUUCAGAGUCCCCAACCUGGAGGGCGGACAGGCCUACUGCUUCAGAGUGCUGGCAGAAAACAUAUAUGGCAUUGGAGAGGGCUGUGAGACCGCUGGCAGCGUGCGAGCUUCAGAACAACCUGGUCCGGUGACAGACUUCAAAGCUCAGAAAACCACCAAGGACUCGAUCACCCUGGGCUGGAAGAAGCCUAUCAGCGAUGGUGGAAGCUACAUCACGGCUUACAUUCUAGAACAGAGUGAAGGCGAGGAAAAGUGGAAGGAGAUCAUGAAGGGCAAGAAAAACUCACACACUAUUAGCGAGCUGACCAAGGGAAAGGAGUACUUGUUUAAAGUCAAAGCACUCAAUGUGUCUGGAGAGGGGCCACCCACCGAGCUCACUGUUGUUGCCAAGGACCAGUUUGUGCUACCUGACUGCAACCUGAGCAGUCUACUCGACGGCUGCUGUGUGGUGAAGGAAGGAAGCACCAUGCGUAUUAACAUCCCUAUUACGGGAGUGCCCUACCCCACUGCCACCUGGAAGAAGGGUGAUUUGGGCCUCGGAGACACCGGCCGGAUGUGCGUGGAGGCAUCUCAGGGCAUCACCACUCUGCUGAUCAGAGACUGCCAUAGAGGAGAUGCUGGCACCUACACCAUCAAUGUCAGGAACAAUGCUGGCUCCAAGGAAUGCAAUUUGCAGUUGAAGGUGGUCGGCAAGCCUGGCAUUUGCACCGGACCAAUUAAGUUUGACGAGAUCACUGCUGAUGGUAUCACUCUCGAGUGGGCACCACCCAAAGAUGAUGGCGGUGCAGAAGUGUCUAACUACAUUGUGGAAAAGAGAAGGACAACAGACAAUAAGUGGGCCACUGUGGCUUCAGCUCUCCAGAAGAAUACCAUGAGGGUGAUCAGGCUCCAUGAUGGAGUAGAGUACAUCUUUAGAGUUUUCGCUGAGAACAAGUAUGGGGUUGGAGAGUAUCUGAGGUCUGACCCAGUAAUUGCACAACAUCCAUUUGAUGUGCCCGAUGCACCUGCUCCUCCAGAAAUCAUGAGCAUCCGCCAUGAGUCAGCCAUCUUGACAUGGGCUGAUCCAAAGGACACCGGUGGCUCCACAAUUACCGGAUAUCAUGUGGAGUUUAAGGAGAGGAACAGUCUGAUGUGGAAACGGGCCACAAAGACUCCUCUCAGAGUGAAGGAGUGCAGAGUCACUGGGCUGAUAGAGGGGCUAGAAUAUGAGUUCAGAGUGAUGGCCAUGAAUGUGGCCGGCCUGGGAAAGGCAAGCAGGGCCACUGAGGCUGUGGUUGCUCUGGAUCCUAUUGAUCCUCCUGGCAAGCCUGAAGUGAUUAAUGUCACCAGGAGCACAGUUACUUUGAUUUGGACUGCUCCCAAAUAUGACGGUGGCUACAAGUUGACUGGCUACAUGGUGGAGAAGCUGGAAUCUGGGGGCAAAGCAUGGAUGAAGGCCAAUCAUGUCAACAUCCAGGGCUGUGCCUUUACCAUCAGUGACCUGUCUGAGGGAUCUCAGUAUCAAUUCAGGGUCAGGGCCAGGAACGCUGCUGGUGCAAUCAGUGUUCCUUCAGAGUCUACUGAUCUUCUUACCUGCAAGGAUGAGUAUGAACCACCAACCAUCACUAUUGACCCUGACAUGAAGGACGGUGUAUCAGUCAGAGCUGGAGAUACCAUUGUGAUCUCAGCCUCCAAGAUCGUCGGCAAACCUCCACCCACUGCUGUCUGGUCCAAGGGAGGCCGUGAGUUCAAGACCUCUGACAUAGUCACCAUUACCAGCACCCCCACUUCCUCUAUUCUGUCCAUUAAGUACGCAAGCCGGAAGAACACAGGAGAAUACACCAUCACCGCCAGCAACCCCUUCGGCAUUAAGGAAGAACAUGUAAAGGUGAAGGUCCUGGACGUGCCUGGACCUCCAGGCCCCAUUGAAGCCAGUAACAUUUCCGCUGAGAAGUGCACUCUGACCUGGCUUCCUCCAGAGGAGGAUGGAGGCUGCAGUAUCAAGUCCUAUAUUGUUGAGAAGAGAGAGACCAGCCGUCUGCAGUGGACCAAGCUUGCUGACAAUGUCAUGGACUGCAGAUGUGUAGCCAACAAACUUAUCAAGGGCAAUGAGUACGUCUUCAAAGUGUCUGCUAUAAACCAGUAUGGCACUGGAGACUCAAGCCAGUCUGGUCCAGUCAAAAUGGUUGACAGUUUCCGCCCACCAGGACCACCCUCAACUCCAGAGAUUGACAACGUGACUAGGAAUGCUGUCACCAUUUCUUGGAAGAGACCAGUCCAGGAUGGUGGAAGUGACAUCAGAGGAUAUUGUGUAGAGAGGAAAGAGAGGAGAGGAAUGAGAUGGGUGAGAGCCUGUAAGCGGACGAUCCCUGACCUGCGCUUCAAGGUGCAAGGCCUGAGCGAGGGAGUUGAGUAUGAGUUCAGAGUCACUGCUGAGAACAAGGCUGGAUUUGGGGAGCCGAGUGAGCCAUCAUGCCCUGUGAUGACCAAGGACAUCGUGUAUCCACCUGGCCCUCCAUCCAAUCCAAGAAUUACAGACACGACAAAAACGACAGCCACCUUUGCCUGGGGCCGACCCCACUACGACGGUGGUCUGGAUGUAGAUGGUUACAUCGUUGAGUACAAAAAGGAGGGCCUUGAUGACUGGGAGACAGAGACACAGUUCCCAUUGAAAGCUACUGAAUAUGUUAUUGGUAAACUUCAAAAAGGUGGUAAAUACCACUUUAGAGUCAGUGCUGUUAACUCUGAGGGAGUUGGUGAGCCUGCAGAGAUUGAGAAAGUGACUGAACUUGUGGACCAGGAGUCACUGCCAGAUUUUGAGCUGGAUGCUGAUCUCAGGAGAACUCUAGUGGUCAGGUGUCGUGCUUCCAUCCGUAUGUUUGUUCCCAUCAGGGGGCGUCCUAUUCCUGAAGUAACCUGGAGCAAAGAUGACACCAACCUGAAAACACGUGCACACAUUGACACCACAGAGUCCUACACCCUACUGGUUAUUCCUGACUGUACCAGAUAUGACGCUGGAAAGUACCACCUUUGUCUGGAGAAUGUUGCAGGAAAGAAGACAGGCUUUGUUAAUGUGAAAGUUCUCGACACACCAGGACCACCGGUCAACCUCAAAGAGAGAGAAAUCACUAAAAAUAGCAUCACUCUCCAGUGGGAAAUUCCCAUUAUUGAUGGUGGUUCUAAGAUUCAUAACUAUAUUAUUGAAAAGAGAGAGGCCACCAAGAAGGCCUACACAGUGAUUAGCACCACAUGGCAGAAGUGUUCCUUUAAAUUUACAGACCUUGAAGAGGGAGCUUACUACUACUUCCGUAUCACUGCUGAGAAUGACCUGGGUGUGGGUCAGCCUGCAGAAACCCCUGAGCCAAUCAGGGUGUCCCAAGCCCCCUCUACACCAGAGAACUUGUACGUCACAGAUGUAACUGCUGACAGUGCCAGUCUUGCAUGGAUCAAACCCCUGCAUGAUGGUGGCAGCUUGAUCACUGGAUAUGUGAUUGAGGCCCAGAAGAAGGACACUGACCAGUGGGUCCAUGUGGCCACCGUCAAAGCUCUUGACUACACUGUCACAGAUCUGAUUGAAGGGAUGGAGUAUACCUUCCGCAUCAUGGCUGUCAAUGCAUCAGGUAGGAGCGACCCCCGUGAGAGCAGGCCAGCUAUAAUCAAGGAGCAGACUUCAGCUCCCUCCUUUGACCUGCGUGGAGUCUACCAGAAGACGGUCAUUGCCAAGGCAAGGGACCGUGUCAAGAUAGAGAUUCCAGUGCUUGGCAAACCCAAGCCUGUUGUUUCUUGGAAAAAGGAAGAUGCAGUUCUCAAAGAGACACAAAGAAUCAACACUGAACAAACAUCAAGAUCAACUAUCCUCAACAUCAAUGAGAUCAAGAGGACUGAUGGGGGCCAGUAUUCUAUGAUUGGUAAGAACAUGCUGGGAACAGUGACAGAGACAAUCACAGUCCUAGUCCAUGACAUUCCAGGUCCUCCCACUGGUCCCAUUAAGCUGGAUGAGAUCUCUUGUGAUUACGUUCUUAUGUCCUGGGAGGCACCAGAGAAUGAUGGAGGAGUUCCUAUUAGCAACUAUAUUGUUGAGAUGCGGGAGACUACGGGUACUUCAUGGAUGGAGUUGGCAGCUACAGUGAUUCGCACCACAUUCAAGGCAGCUAGACUCAACACUGGAACCCAAUAUCAGUUCCGUGUCAAAGCCCAGAACAGAUAUGGUAUUGGACCAUGUAUUGUCUCUGAACAAGUGGUGGCUGCCUAUCCAUUUGAUGUGCCAAGCCAGCCAGGUAUUCCUGUGGUCACAUCUUUCAACAAGGAUGCUAUGACUUUGAGUUGGAAUGAGCCAUCUUCUGAUGGAGGGAGCGCUAUUUUGGGAUAUCAUGUGGACAGAAAAGAGAAAAACAGCAUUUUGUGGCAGAGGAUCAGCAAAGCUCUUGUUGUUGGAAAUAUAUUCAAAUCAACAGGCCUUGUUGAUGGAAUCGCAUAUGAACAUCGUGUUACUGCUGAAAACAUGGCUGGUCUCAGCAAACCAAGCAAAUCCUCUGAGCCUAUGUAUGCUUUGGACCCAGUUGACCCACCAGGCAGGCCUGUGGCACUGAAUAUCACCAGACAUGAGGUGACAGUGUCAUGGACCAAACCAGAGGGAGAUGGUGGAUUUUCCAUCACAGGAUACACAGUGGAGAGGAGAGAGAUGCCUAAUGGACGUUGGCUGAAAGCCAACUUUAACAACAUCCAAGAAACCAUCUACACAGUCAGUGGUCUGACUGAAGAUGCAACUUAUGAAUUCCGUGUGUUUGCUAGAAACUCAGCUGGUUCUGUCAGUGCUCCAUCUCAGUCAUCAGAGGCAAUCACAUGCAGAGAUGACAUUCAAGAGCCCAGGCUUGAUGUUGACGCAUCAUAUAGCAGCAAUGUUGUUGUCAUGGCAGGAGAGGUAUUCAAGCUGGAAGCCAGUGUGAUUGGUAGGCCACUCCCAUCUCUGGUAUGGACAAAGGAAGGAAAGGAGCUUGAAGAUACAGGCAAGCUUGAGAUAAAGACAUCUGACUUCCACACAACUCUUAUAAACAAAGAAUCAUUGAGAAGAGAUGGUGGAGCUUUUACUCUGACUGCCAGCAAUCCAGGUGGUUUUGCCAAGUUCACAUUUAAUGUCAAGGUGCUCGACAGACCUGGACCACCAGACUCCCUCACUGUAACUGAUGUCACUGCUGAAAAAUGUGUCCUUAACUGGCUGCAUCCAACACAUGAUGGUGGUGCAAAGAUUGAGUACUUUAUCAUUCAGAAGCGGGAGACCAGUAGGUUGGCAUGGACAAAUGUGGCUACAGACCUUCAAGCAAAUAGAUUCAAGGUCACCAAACUUCUGAAGGGCAAUGAGUACAUCUUCAGAGUCAUGGCUGUUAAUAAGUAUGGUGUGGGUGAACACCUGGAGUCUGAAGCUGUAAUCUGUGCCAAUCCCUAUGUUGCCAGUGAUGCACCACAGCAGCCCGAAGUCACCAUCAUUACCAAAGACUCAAUGGUUGUGUGCUGGGAGCGCCCUGAACAUGAUGGAGGCAGCAGAAUAAACACUUACAUAAUUGAGAGAAGGGACAAGACUGGUCUGCGCUGGGUGAAGUGCAACAAGAGGACUGUAACUGACUUGCGAUUCAAGGUUUCUGGCCUCACACCAGGACAUGAGUAUGAAUUUAGAGUUAUUGCAGAGAACAAUGCUGGUCUGAGCCAGCCCAGUCCUUCCAGUCCAUUCUACAAAGCCAUAGACACCAUCUUCCAGCCUGGACCUCCAGGGAACCCCAGAGUACUGGACACAACCAAGUCUUCCAUCACCCUUGCCUGGAACAAACCUGUCUACGAUGGUGGUUCUGAAAUCACUGGUUACAUUGUGGAGACAUGCCCUCCUGAGGAAGAUGAGUGGACAAUUCACACUCCUAAAAAGGGAUGGACAGCCACAUCAUUCACCAUCACCAAUUUGAAGGAAAAUCAGGAGUAUAAAAUCAAUAUCUGUGCCACUAAUUGUGAAGGAGUUGGAGAACCUGCUGCUGUUCCUGGAACCCCCAAGGCAGAGGACAGACUGCUUCCUCCAGAAAUUGAACUUGGAACAGAGCUACGUAAGGUGGUCAGCAUCAGAGCCUGCGGCACACUUAGACUAUUUGUCCCUAUAAAGGGCAGACCAGCACCUGAAAUAAAAUGGUCAAGAGAGCACGGAGAAUCCCUAGACAAAGCUAUCAUUGAAAUCACCCCAUCAUUCACCACUCUUCAGGUAGAAAAUGUUGACAGGUUUGAUGGAGGCAAAUACAUGCUGACUGUAGAGAAUGCCUCAGGAAGCAAGACAGCCUAUGUUAAUGUCAGGGUGCUAGAUACCCCUGGAGCACCUCAGAAUCUAAUCGUCAAGGAGGUCACUAGAGAUUCAGUUUUCAUUGUUUGGGAUGCACCUCUCAUUGAUGGGGGCUCCAGAGUCCGCAACUACAUUGUAGAGAAGCGUGAGUCAACCAGAAAGGCCUAUUCCACUGUCUGUGCAAGCUGCCAUAAGUCAAGUUGGAAAAUUGGAGACCUGCAUGAAGGGAAGAUGUACUUCUUUAGAAUCCUGGCUGAGAACGAAUUUGGCAUUGGUCUCCCAGUGGAGACUGUUGAACCAAUUAAAGCGUCAGAGAAGCCUCUACCACCAGGUAAAGUGUCUCUUCGUGAAGUUACAGGCACCAGUGUCACACUAACUUGGGAAAAGCCUGACCAUGAUGGUGGCAGUAGAAUCAUUGGUUAUAUUGUUGAGAUGCAAGGCAAAGGCACUGAGAAGUGGAUCCAGGUUAUGGUAGUGAAGACCAAUGAGGCCCUUAUAAGUGGUCUUACACAGGGAGAGGAGUACAUGUUCCGUGUUUCAGCCACCAAUGAAAAGGGAGUCAGUGACCCACGACCUCUCAGUUUGCCUGUGGUGGCAAAAGAUCUUGUCAUUUUACCAACCUUCAAACAGCUUUUUGGCACAUUCAGUGUGCUAGCAGGUGAUGACUUGAAGAUAGAUAUACCAUAUGCUGCCUAUCCUAAGGCCACAGCAACUUGGCUCAAAGAUGGUCUUGUUCUCAAGGAGACAACAAGAGUUAAUGCUGAAACCACAGACGAGAACCUUCUUCUGGUCAUUAAGGAGGCUUGCAGAGAUGAUGUGGGAACAUACACCAUCAAAGUAAUCAACAAAGCUGGUGAGGCAUCCACAGACAUCAGUGUUGUUGUCAUGGAUAAGCCUGGUCCUCCCACUGGCCCAAUUAAGUUGGAUGAGGUCACUGCUGACAGUCUGGUUUUGACCUGGAAUCCACCAGAAUAUGAUGGUGGUUGCACCAUCAAUAAUUACAUUGUUGAGAAGAGGGACACAUCUACCACCAACUGGCAAAUUGUGUCAGCUACAGUCGCCAGAACCACAAUCAAGGCUGCCCGUCUGAAGACUGGGUUUGAGUACCAGUUUAGGAUUGCUGCAGAAAAUAGAUAUGGCAAGUCAGUGGCCCUUCUGUCUGAAACUAUUGUUGCUCAGUAUCCAUUUGAAGUUCCUAGCUCACCUCGUUCUGUUGUUGUCCAGUCAGCCACAAAGGAAACCAUGGUUGUUGUAUGGGAUAAACCCAGCAAUGAUGGCGGAAGCAAAAUUCUGGGCUAUAACUUAGAGCUCAAAGAGAGAAACAGUAUACUGUGGGUGAAACAGAACAAACAAAUUAUCCCAGAGACUAGAUUCAAGGUUGUUGGCCUUGAGGAAGGUAUUGAAUAUGAGUUCAGAGUCUAUGCAGAGAACAUUGUCGGCCUCAGCAAAGCUAGCAAACUGAGUGAAAUGCAAGUGGCAAGAGAUCCUUGUGAAAGACCAGGAAAACCUGAGGCUGUUAUUGUGACAAGAAACCAAGUGACACUCAGAUGGACGAAGCCUGAUUAUGAUGGUGGCAUCAAGAUCACAGGUUAUGUGGUUGAGAAGAAGGAGGCAGCUGGUCGCUGGAUGAAGGCCAGUUUCACCAACAUCAUUAAGACUGAAUUUGUUGUCACAGGACUUACUGAAGAUCAGAUUUAUGAGUUUCGAGUCAUUGCCAGGAAUGCAGCAGGGGUUUUCAGUUUGCCCUCUGAUUCAACUGGAGCCAUCACUGCCAAGGAUGAGGUGGAUCCACCAAAGAUUGACUUGGAAGCUAAGUACUCCCAGGCUGUGGUGGUUAAUGCUGGGGAGACAUUCAGGCUGGAAGCUACUGUCAGUGGUAAACCUGUGCCCACAAUAUACUGGCUAAAGGAGGGUCAGGAAAUUACCGAAGCAGCUCGCCUAGAAAUCAAGAACACAGAUUUUACAGCUUGUAUCAUUGUUAAAGAAGCCAUCCGUGUUGAUGGGGGUCCAUACACUUUGCUGGUAAAGAAUGUUGGAGGAGAGAAAUCUGUUAACAUUAAUGUCAAGGUCCUGGACAGACCAGGUCCUCCUGAGGGCCCUAUCACCAUCUAUGGGGUAACAAAUGAGAAAUGCUCCAUUGCCUGGAAACCUCCUUUGCAAGAUGGUGGCAGUGAUGUUUCACAUUACAUUGUUGAGAGGAGGGAAACCAGCAGACUGGUUUGGACUGUUGUUGAACCUAAAGUUCAGACACUGAACUUGAAGAUCACAAAGCUUCUUCCUGGAAAUGAAUACAUCUUCAGAGUGAUUCCUGUCAACAAAUAUGGAGUUGGUGAGCCUCUGGAAUCUGAUGCAAUGCUUGCCAGAAAUCCAUUUGUUUCUUCCAACCCACCAACAGAGGUAGAAGUCACAACAAUCACCAAAGACUCCAUGGUCGUGACUUGGGAGAGACCAGCUCAUGAUGGUGGAAGUCCUAUUCAGGGAUAUGUUGUUGAGAAACGUGACAAGGAUGGUGUGAGAUGGACUAGGUGCAACAAGCGUACAGUAAGUGAGCUGCGAUUCAGAGUGACAGGGCUCCUAGAAAACCACAGCUAUGAAUUCAGAAUUGCUGCUGAGAAUGCUGCUGGUGUUGGCACACCUAGUGCACCAACAGUGUAUUAUAAAGCAUUAGAUCCUAUCUUCAAACCUGGCCCACCCAACAAUCCUAAGGUGGUUGACACAUCAAGGUCCACUGUUUCCUUGACAUGGGGCAAACCCAUCUAUGAUGGCGGAUGUGAGAUUCAAACUUAUAUUGUGGAGGCAUGCAAUGGUGCAUCUGAUGAGUGGUUUAUGUGCACUCCUCCCACUGGAAUCACAGAUACCAAGUUUACAGUGAAAAAGCUUCUGGAGAAGCAUGAGUACCAGUUCAGAGUGUGUGCCAUCAACAAAGUUGGUGUUGGUGAGCAUGCUGAUGUUCCUGGAAAAAUUCUCCUAGAGGAGAAGCUUGAGGCUCCCGAUCUUGACCUGGAUGCUGAUAUGAGAAAAAUGAUCAACAUUAGGGCAGCAAGCACUCUCAGGCUGUUUGUUCCUGUGAGAGGACGUCCAGCUCCUGAGGUGAAAUGGGGUAAAGUUGAGGGGGAGAUUAAGGAGACUGCCCAGAUUGACAACACAGGCACUUACGCUUCACUUGUCAUUGAGAAUGUUGACAGAUUUGACAGUGGCAAGUACACCCUCACUGCAGAGAAUGCCAGUGGAGUGAAGUCAGUCUUCAUUAGUGUCAGGGUCCUGGACUCACCUAGUCCACCAACUAACUUCACAGUGAAGGAGAUAACAAAAAAUUCUGUCAGUCUUACAUGGGAGCCUCCACUUCUGGAUGGGGGUUCAAAGAUUAAACAUUAUAUUGUUGAGAAACGUGAGAGCACCAGGAAAGUUUACUCAACUAUCACUACCUGCAAUAGGAUGUCAUGGAAAGUGGAGCCUCUUCCAGAAGGUGGAAUCUUCUUCUUCAGAGUCCUGGCUGAGAAUGAAUAUGGUGUUGGUCUCCAGGCCAAAACAAUAGAACCAAUUAAAAUAUCUGAGAAGCCUCAGCCACCUGGCAAAGUCAGUGUUGUUGAUGUGACACAUAGCACUGUAACCCUCGCCUGGGAGAAACCUCAACAUGAUGGUGGUAGUAGAAUCAGUCACUAUGAAGUUGAACUCACACCUAAGGAUAGUGGCACUUGGUCAGUGUGUACUAGUGUGAAAUCGCUGGAGACUGUAGUGACAAACCUACUCAAGGGAGAGGAGUAUAAUUUCAGAGUUGUAGCUGUAAAUGACAAGGGCAAAAGUGACCCCAGACAACUAGCCCAAUCAGUUGUUGCAAAGGACCUUGUGAUUGAGCCUGCUGUUAGACCCAAGGUGAGCACCUACAGUGUCCAGGUGGGGUAUGACCUCAAGAUAGAGGUCCCAGUUGCUGGUCAUCCAAAGCCAACCAUUACGUGGACCAAGGAUGGUGCUGCUCUUAAACAGACCACAAGAGUCAAUGUUACUGACUCAGCACAUCACACCACCCUCACCAUAAAGGAUGCCACCAAAGAGGAUGGGGGCAUGUAUAGCAUUAAUGUCUCCAGUACCCUGGGUUCCAAAGAUGCCACUAUUGAGGUGAUCACCCUGGACAAACCAGGCCCACCAACAGGACCUGUCAAGAUGGAGGACAUAAGUGCCGAGAGUAUCACUCUAAGCUGGGAACCUCCUACAUACACAGGUGGAUGCCCAAUCUCAAACUAUGUGGUGGAGAAGAGAGACACAACUACAACCAACUGGGUGGUUGUAUCUGCCACUGUUGCCAGAACCACAUUAAAACUGAGCAAUCUGAAGACAGGAGCUGAAUAUCAGUUCAGAAUCUAUGCUGAGAAUAGAUACGGAAAGAGCUAUGCAAUUGAUUCAGAGCCUGUUUUGGCACAGUAUCCAUUCCAAGAGCCUGGCCCUCCAGGAACACCAUUUGUGUCUUCAUACACCAAGGACUUUAUGGUAGUUGAGUGGCACAAACCCCCCUCUGAUGGAGGAAGUGCUAUCCUGGGCUAUCAUCUGGAGAGGAAAGAGAAGAACAGUAUCCUCUGGACCAAGAUUAACAAAAUGCUGAUCCAAGACUGCAGAUAUAAAUCUACUCCUCUUGAAGAAGGUAUUGAGUAUGAGUACAGAGUCUAUGCAGAGAAUAUUGUUGGCAUUGGAAAAUGCAGCAAAGUCUCUGAGGUUUAUGUAGCCCGUGACCCAUGUGAUCCUCCUGGCCGUCCUGAGGCUGUGAUUGUGACCAGGCACUCUGUGAAGCUUAGGUGGACCCCUCCAGUGUAUGAUGGUGGAAGCUUAGUUACUGGCUAUGUCGUGGAGAAACGUGACCUUCCUGAAGGAAAGUGGAUGAAGGCUAGCUUUGCAAACAUCCUUGAACAUGAAUUCACAGUUACAGGCCUGACAGAGGACAGUAAAUAUGACUUCAGAGUAUUUGCAAGGAAUGCAGCUGGUGCUGUUAGCAAGCCAUCUGAGUGCACAGGAUCCGUCACAGCCAAGGAUGAAAUUGACCCACCAAAAUGUGAGACAGAUCCUAUAUACAACCAGUCCCUUGUUAUCAAUGCUGGGGAGACCUUCAGCCUGGAGGCCACUGUGGACGGGAAGCCCAUCCCUACAGCCCAGUGGUUCAAGGGGGAUGUUGAAGUUGAAAACUCUGCGAGGGCUGAUAUAAAAAACACAGAUUUUAAGGCUUUGCUUAUUGUGAAGGAUGCGAUCAGAGUGGAUGGUGGCCAGUACACUCUGGUUCUUACUAAUGUGGCUGGAACAAAGACCGUCCCAUUCAGUGUGAAGGUACUGGACAGACCAGGCCCCUCAGAAGGACCCCUUACUGUCAGCAAUGUCACUGAGGAGAAGUGUUCACUGUCAUGGCUGCCACCCAGGCACGAUGGAGGAGCUAGCAUAUCUCACUACGUCAUUCAAAAGAGAGAAACCAGCCGCCUGGCAUGGACUGUGGUCUCCAGUGACUGUGGAGCUACCAUGUUAAAGGUUACAAAACUGUUGAAGGGCAAUGAAUACAUCUUCAGAGUCUUGGCUGUCAACAAAUAUGGCAUGGGUGAGCCUCUUGAGUCAGUACCGGUUAUCAUGAGAAAUCCAUUUGUUCCUCCUGGUGCACCUCAGGAACUUGAGAUCACUAACAUUCUAAGGGACUCCAUGACUGUCUGUUGGAACCGCCCUGAGACCACAGGAGGCAGUGAGAUUGCUGGUUAUAUCAUUGAGAAGAGAGACAGAGCUGGAGUGAGAUGGACCAAGUGCAACAAACGUCGGGUGACAGACUUGCGUUUCAGAGUAACAGGAUUAACUGAGGACCAUGAAUAUGAAUUCAAGGUGUCUGCUGAGAAUGCAGCUGGAGUGGGUCAGUCAAGCCCACCUACACCCUACCUCAAAGCCUGUGACCCCACCUUUGAACCAGGCUGUCCAUCCAAUGCUCAUGUGCUCGACACAACUAAAAACUCCAUCAGUCUCGCCUGGCAUAGGCCCAUCUAUGAUGGUGGUUGUGAUAUUCAAGGAUAUGUUGUGGAAAUUAGCAAAGCCGAGGAGGAGGAAUGGACCAUAUGCACCCCACCAUCUGGAGUAAACGCUACCAAGUUUACUAUCACCAAGUUGGUAGAGCACCAGGAAUACAAGGUGCGCAUCUGUGCCAUUAAUAAGUUGGGUGUUGGUGAGCCCACUGAGAUCCAAGGAGUUAUAAAACCUUUGGAUAAGAUUGAUCCUCCAGAGAUGAUUCUGGAUUCAGAACUCAGGAAGGGAAUAGUUGUCCGGGCAGGUGGCUCAAUGAGAAUUUGCAUUCCAUUUAAGGGCCGUCCUACUCCUGAGAUCAGCUGGGCCAAGGAGGAUGGUCAACUGCCCAGUAAAGUUCAAAUAGAGACUGGGGAAGAUUACACUCAGCUCUCCAUUGAGAUCUGUGACAGAUAUGAUGCUGGAAAAUACAUCCUCAACAUGGAAAAUACUGCUGGCACCAAAUCAGCCUUUGUAUCUGUUAAGGUCCUGGACACUCCAGGGUCCCCUCUGAAUUUAACUGUAAAAGACAUCAAAAGAGAAAGUGUCACUCUGACAUGGGAGCCUCCUCUUAUUGAUGGUGGUGCACGAAUAAAGAAUUACCUGGUGGAAAAGCGAGAGUCCACCAGGAACGUUUAUUCUAAUGUGGACAACAAGUGUACAAAGACAAGCUACCGUAUCACUGGCCUCACUGAAGGAACGAUCUAUUAUUUCAGAGUCCUAGCUGAGAACGAGUUUGGCAUGGGAAAGCCAGCUGAGACAGAGGAUGCUGUUAAAACAUCUGAGCCUCCUCUGUCUGUGGGUAAGGUGACUUUGACUGAAGUGACCAAAACAUCUGCCUCACUCUCUUGGGAGAAGCCAGACCACGAUGGAGGCAGCAGGAUAAUGGGCUACUAUAUUGAAAUGCAGCCUGUGGGCUCAGAGGAAUGGGUGGUGGCCGCUACAACUAAAACUUGUGAGGGCACUGUCACGGGCCUUAGUGCAGGACACCAGUACCUGUUUAGAGUGACAGCAUUCAAUGAGAAGGGCAAGAGUGACCCCAGGUCUCUUGCUGCACCAGUCACUGCUAAGGAUGUAACAAUCGAGCCAAGAUUCAAGAUGGCCUUCAACACUUACAGUUUACAGCUGGGCGAAGAUCUGAAGAUUGAGAUUCCAGUAAUAGGACGUCCUGUUCCCAAGGUUGAGUGGAAAAAGGAUGGACAAGCUCUUAAGGAGACAACCAGAUUAAAUGUGUCUGGCACACCAUCAUCUACCAAGCUGUGCAUCAAGGAUGCAAGUAAAGAAGACUCUGGUAAAUACAGUAUCACUGCCACCAGCAGUGCUGGAUCAAUUACAGAGGAGAUUACUGUUAUUAUUCUUGAUAAGCCUGGCCCACCCACAGGUCCUGUGAAGAUUGAGGAGGUGAGCUCUAAUUAUGUCACUCUCUCCUGGGAGCCACCAGGGUAUACUGGAGGCUGUCAGAUCAACAACUACAUUGUGGAGAAGAGAGACACUACUACAACAGCAUGGCAGAUUGUGUCUGCUACUAUUGCCAGAACAACCAUCAAAGUCACCAACUUAAAGACUGGAGUUGAGUAUCAAUUCAGAGUGUCUGCUGAGAAUAGAUAUGGAAAGAGUUCUGCUAUUUUCUCUCCUGCUGUUAUUGCCCAGUAUCCAUUCAGUCAGCCUGCCGCCCCAGGAACACCAGUUAUUUCUGCUGCAACCAAGGAUAACAUGGUGGUUGAGUGGAAACAUCCCACCAACAAUGGAGGCAGUCCCAUCUUGGGCUAUCACCUUGAAAGAAAGGAGAAGAACAGCCUCUUGUGGACUAAACUCAACAAGCUUCUAAUCCCAGAUACACAUUUCAAGACUAUAGAACUGGAAGAAGGUAUUGAGUAUGAAUUCAGAGUCUAUGCUGAGAACAUUGCAGGGGUCAGCCCAGCUAGCAAGGUCUCUGAGAGCACAGUUGCCAGGGACCCCUGUGACCCACCAGGCACUCCGGAGGCUAUUGAUAUCACCAGAAACCAUGUCACACUCCAGUGGACCAGGCCUCAGUAUGAUGGAGGAAGUGCUAUCACUGGCUAUGUAAUUGAGAGGAGGAAGCACCCUGAUACCCGCUGGAUGAAGGCCAGCUUCACCAACAUUCUUGAUACCCGGUUCACACUCACUGGCCUCACUGAGGAUUGUGUUUAUGAAUUCAGAGUCGUUGCCAGGAAUUCUGCUGGCAUUUCCAGCCGUCCCUCUCAGACCACAGGAGAAAUUACUGCUAAAGAUGAAAUUGAAGCUCCAGGAGCCACCAUGGAUUCUAAAUUCAAAGAUCUAACUGUUGUUCAUGCUGGUGAAACAUUCAUCAUUGAUGCUGACUACACAGGUAAGCCUCUGCCUGAGGUUGUUUGGUUAAAGGAUGGAAAGGAGAUUGACAAAGCCACUCCACGAAUGGAGGUAAAGACCAUGCUUACGCGUACCAUCCUGACAGUCAAGGAUUGCAUUAGAGUUGAUGGCGGCCAUUUUGUCCUCAAACUUGUCAAUGUGGGAGGAAUUAAGAUGAUCCCAGUUAAUGUUAAAAUUCUGGAUAGACCUGGUCCUCCAGAUGGCCCACUAGAAGUCAAAGGAGUCACAGCUGAGAAAUGUUAUCUUCACUGGAACCAUCCUUCACAUGAUGGUGGAGCCAGCAUCUCUCACUACAUCAUUGAGAAGAGAGAGACCAGUCGUUUGUCAUGGACCGUGGUUGAGCCCAAGAUUCAGGCCAUCAGCUACAAAAUCACUAAACUGUUGCCUGGCAAUGAGUACAUCUUCAGAGUCACUGCUGUGAAUAAAUAUGGUGUUGGUGAGCCUUUGGAAUCUGAGCCUGUUAUUGCCCGUAACCCCUUCACCACUUCCAGUGCCCCCUCCACCCCAGAGGCCAGUGCUAUCACUCGGGAUUCUAUAGUACUUACCUGGGAAAGGCCAGAGGAUAACGGAGGAGCUGAGAUUGAAGGAUAUGUCCUUGAAAAACGUGAUAAGGAUGGCAUCAGAUGGACUAAAUGCAACAAGAAGAGACUGAAUGACCUGAGAUUCAGAUGUACUGGCCUCACGGAGGGUCACUCCUAUGAAUUCAGGGUCUCAGCUGAAAAUGCUGCUGGUGUUGGAAAACCUAGUGCACCUUCACUAUAUAUCAAGGCCUGUGAUGCCACUUAUCCACCAGGACCUCCAAAUAACCCUAAAGUCACAGACCAUUCAAGCACCACCGUCUCCCUGACCUGGUCCAGGCCUAUCUAUGAUGGUGGAGCACAGAUCACUGGAUACAUUGUUGAAAUGAAGGAGGCAGCAGAUGAUGAAUGGGUCAGUUGCACACCACACACUGGUGUACAAGUUACUCACUACACUGUAAAGACAUUGAAGGAGAAUGCAGAAUACAAUUUCAGAAUCUGUGCUGUUAACUGUGAGGGAGUAGGGGAGCAUGUUGACCUACCUGGGUCUGUGGUUGCUGCAGAGAAGCUGGAAGCUCCUGAAAUUGAACUAGAUGCUGACCUAAGGAAGAUGGUCAAUGUUCGUGCCACUGCUGCCCUCCGUCUGUUUGUGCCAAUCAGGGGAAAGCCUGAGCCUGAGGUCAGAUGGUCAAAGGCUGAUGGUACUCUGAAUGAACGUGCCCAGAUUGAAGUCACAAGCUCUUACACAAUGCUGCUGAUUGAUAAUGUUGACAGAUUUGACACUGGCAAAUAUGUACUCACACUUGAGAACCUCAGUGGCUCUAAAUCAGCCUUCAUCAAUGUUCGAGUUCUGGACUCCCCCAGCACACCUACUAACCUGGAGGUCAAGGAUGUAAAGAGAAAUUCUGUCUCUCUCUCCUGGGAGCCUCCUCUAAUUGAUGGUGGGGCUAAGAUUUCACAUUAUAUUGUGGAGAAGAGAGAGCAGAAGAGAAUGGCUUUCACCAGUGUUUCCACAAACUGUGUGAGGAACUCAUACAUCAUUUCUGACCUACAGGAGGGAGGCCGAUAUUAUUUCCGUGUAUUAGCUGUUAACGAACUUGGAGUAGGUCUGCCUGCUUCCACAGAUGUAGUCAAGGUGUCUGAGGCUCCUUUGCCUCCUGGUAAGAUUAUCUUGGUUGACGUUACUCGCCAUACUGUCAACCUUUCAUGGGAGAAACCGGAUCAUGAUGGAGGCAGCAAGAUUACAAAGUAUAUUGUGGAGAUGCAGCCCAAGGGAGAUGACAAAUGGACUGUGUGCAGUGAAGUCAAAGCACUGGAAGCUACUAUUGAUGGACUUACAACUGGAGAGGAAUACUCCUUCAGGGUGAUUGCUGUGAAUGAUAAGGGCCAGAGUGAUGCCAAACCUCUGGCUGCCCCUGUGGUGAUAAAGGACAUCACAGUAGAGCCCACCAUCAACCUUGUGUUCAGCACAUACAGUGUUAAAGCAGGAGAUGAUCUGAAGAUUGAUGUUCCUUUCAAAGGCAGACCACAGCCAGAAGUGUCCUGGAAGAAGGACGGCCAGGUGCUUAAGCAGACAACCAGGGUCAAUGUUCUUACCUCUAGGACCUCCUCCAAGAUUUUCAUCAAGGAUGCAACCAAAGACGAUGUAGGAAAGUAUGAGAUUACUCUGACUAACUCUAUUGGUACUAAGACAGCUGAUAUCUCUGUUAUAAUCCUGGACAAACCUGGUCCACCAAGCAACAUUAAGAUGGACGAGGUGAGUGCUGACUUCAUCUGUCUGUCUUGGGAUCCUCCAACCUAUGACGGUGGAUGCCAGAUUAACAAUUAUGUAGUGGAAAAGAGAGAUACUACGACAACCACAUGGCAGAUCGUCUCAGCCACUGUAGCCAGGACAUCAAUUAAGGUGUCUCGGCUUACUCAGGGAAUAGAGUACCAGUUCCGUAUUGCAGCUGAGAAUCGUUAUGGCAAGAGUCAUGCCAUUGACUCAGCUCCUGUUGUUGCUCAGUAUCCUUUUGAGCCUCCUGGUCCGCCAACCAACCUCCAUGUUUCCAAUGCCACCAAGAGUGGCAUGCUUGUGAUAUGGGGCAGACCUGCCAGUGAUGGGGGAAGCCCUGUUAUUGGCUAUCACAUUGAAUGCAAAGACCAAAGUAGCAUUCUAUGGACAAAGGUCAACAGAGGACUACUAGCUGAGAACCAGUUUAAGAUGACGGGCAUUGAAGAAGGUCUUCUGUAUCAGUUUAGAGUGUAUGCUGAGAAUAUUGCUGGCAUUGGUGCAUGCUCUAAGACCAGUGACGCUGUGGCAGCCAGAGAUCCAUGCGAACCUCCACAUAACCUUAAAGUCACCAACAUUACCAGGAGCUCAGUUUCUCUCUUCUGGGAGCGGCCAGAGUAUGAAUUUGGAUCAAAGAUUACCGGCUACAUUAUUGAGCGUAAAGAACUUCCCAAUGGUCGCUGGCUGAAAUGCAACUUCAAUAAUCUGCAGGAAACCUACUUUGAUGUCACAGGCCUCACAGAAGAUGUUCAAUAUGACUUCCAUGUUAUUGCUAAGAAUUCUGCAGAGCAGCUUAGUGCUCCUUCAGAGAGUACCGGCCCUGUUACAGUAAAGGAUGAUGUGGACCCUCCCACUAUCAUCCUGGAAGACAAGCUCAGACAGUUGGUUGUCAUUAAAGCUGGGGAUAUCAUUAGAAUUGAUGCUGAAAUCACAGGCCGUCCACUCCCUGUUGUCUCAUGGUCUAAGGAUGGAAAAGAGAUUUCAGCCAAAGCAAGGUGUGAAAUUACUUCCACAAAUUUCACAACCACCCUGAUCGUCAGAGAUGCUAUCAGGAGGGACUCUGGCCAGUAUGUCCUGUCCCUGCACAAUGUGGCAGGAACCAGGUCUGUUGCUAUCAAUUGUAAAGUUUUGGAUAGACCUGGGCCCUCUUCAGGACCUUUGGCAGUGUCUGGGGUCACAGCAGAGAAAUGCACAAUAACAUGGGGACCCCCUCAGGAGAACGGUGGUGCUGAAGUUAUGCACUAUAUUGUGGAGAAACGUGAGACAAGUCGCCUGGCCUGGACUCUUGUCUAUGGAGACAUGAAGGCAACUACCUGUAAAGUGACCAAGUUACUCAAAGGAAAUGAGUACAUCUUCAGAGUGAGGGGAAUCAACAAAUAUGGGGAUGGUGAAGCCCUGGAGAGUGAGCCAGUUAAGGCUUUGGAUCCAUUUACUGUUCCUUCAGCUCCCACAAAUGUCCAGGUCACUGCUGUUACUAGUGAGGCAAUGACCAUCUGUUGGGAAAGACCCAUUUCUGAUGGAGGCAGCAGUAUCUCUGGCUAUGUCAUUGAAAAGCGAGAGAAGACUGGUCUUCGCUGGUGCCGUGUUAACAAGAAACCUGUUUAUGACCUUAGAGUCAAAGCCUCACACCUUCGUGAGGGAUGUGAGUAUGAGUACAGAGUGUUUGCAGAGAAUGCUGCUGGCCUCAGUGCUUCUAGCACCCCUUGCCUGCUCACCAAGGCCGAAGACCCACAGUUCCUGCCUUCCCCUCCUGCUAAGCCUACGAUCAUUGACUCUACAAAGACCACUGCCACCCUGUCAUGGAAAAAGCCACUAUUUGAUGGUGGAGCCGUUGUGACUGGUUACAGAGUAGAAUACAGGAAGACAUUUGAUGAUGAAUGGUUUGUUGGAGUCCACAACACCAAGAACACAGAGUUUACUGUGGUGGGAUUGACACCUGGGGCUGAAUAUGUGUUUGUUGUCAAGUCCAUUAACAAGAUUGGGAUCAGUGAGCCCAGCCCUGAGUCAGACAAACAGGUUGCCAAAGAAAGAGAGGAGGAGCCUGUUUUUGACAUCAGUAAUGAGAUGAGGAAGACUCUUGUUGUGAAGGAUGGUAGCUCAUUCACCAUGACAGUGCCCUUCAGAGGCAAACCCAUCCCCAGUGUUACAUGGGCCAAACCUGAUGUUGACCUCAGAGUCCGUGCUGUCAUUGACACCACAGAGACCUUCACAUCCAUCACCUUAGAGAAAGCAACUCGCAACGACUCUGGCAAAUACACAGUCACCUUGUCUAGCGUAGCUGGAACCUCCUCUUUGACGCUCAAUGUCAGAGUACUGGACUCUCCUGGACCCCCUGCCUGUGUAGAAGUCAAGGACGUGACUAAGACCUCUGCUACUGUAACAUGGGACACUCCUGAAAAUGAGGGAGGAGGACCUGUCAAAAACUACCUUAUUGAUUUCCGUGAGGCCAGCAAGAAAGGCUGGACUAGAUUGACUGACACAUGUCACAGACUGACAUACAGGGUGACCGACCUGCAAGAGGGAGCAGUUUAUUACUUCAGAGUGACAGGCCAGAAUGAAUACGGUGUUGGUGUUCCUGCUGAGUCCAAAGAAGGAACCAAGAUCACAGAAAAACCAAGCCCCCCACCAAAACUUGGCGUGAGUGAUGUGACCAAAGAGAGUGUGUCACUGGCCUGGGCCAAACCAGAACAAGAUGGAGGCAGCAGAAUUACUGGCUACCUAGUGGAAGCCCAAGAGAAAGGCCAGGAGAAGUGGGUCAAGUGUGGUGUAACCAAGUCCACCCACCUCACAGUGUCUGGUCUGAGGGAGAAUGCUGAGUACUUCUUCAGGGUCAGAGCUGAGAACCAUGCUGGAUUCAGUGAUGUUAAGGAAAUGGUCAACCCUGUAAUGGUGAAAGACCAGCUUGAAUCUCCUGAGAUCAACAUGAAGGACUUCCCUCACAACACAGUGUUUGUCAGAGCCGGUUCCACCCUCAAGUGUGAGAUCCCACUGACAGGCAGACCUUUACCUAAAGUCUCGCUGUCCAAGGAUAACGUACAGCUCAAGUCAACCAUGAGGUUCAACUCUGAAGUCACCCCUGAUAGCAUCAAGAUCACUCUACGCGAAAGCAUCGCUAGAGACUCAGGACGCUACGAUAUCACUGCCUCAAACUCCAGUGGAACCACCAAGCAAUCUUUAAAUAUUGUGAUUUUAGACCGUCCCAGUGCCCCACUUGGACCAGUGGAGCUGUCUGACGUGACAGAAGACAGCGUUAGCCUGGAAUGGCUCCCACCGAUAUAUGAUGGUGGCAGCCCCAUCACCAACUACAUCAUCCAAAAGAGAGAGACAACCACAGCCAACUGGAUGGAUGUCUCUUCUGCUGUGGCUCGCUGCACCAUGAAGAUUAUGAAGCUGACCACUGGCCUGCAGUACCAGUUCAGAAUCAGGGCUGAGAACAGAUAUGGAAUCAGCGAGCACAUUGACUCACCAACUGUCACCGUCAGCCUUCCUUACACUAUUCCUGAUGCUCCAUUAACUCCAGAGGUCACUUUUGUAACUAGAGAGACCAUUACUGUAGCCUGGAAGGAGCCCAAGUCAGAUGGUGGCAGCCAUGUGUUUGGCUACCAUCUCCAGAUGAAAGACAAGAACAGCAUCCUCUGGCAGAGAGUCAACAAAAUGGUGAUCCGUGCUACACACCUAAAGGUCACUAAUAUCAAUGCCGGACUUAUUUAUGAGUUCAAGGUGGCAGCAGAGAAUGCUGCUGGAGUCAGUGCCUUCAGCAAGGUCUCUGAUGCAGUGCUGGCUAUUGAUGCGUGUGAGCCACCCAUAAACCUGCGCAUCAGUGACAUCACCAAGAACACCAUCAGCCUGGCCUGGCAGAGACCCAACUACGAUGGUGGAUCCCCAAUCAUUGGCUACAUCAUUGAGAAGAGGGAGGGUGUUAGUGCCAAGUGGUCCAAGGCUAUCCUCAACAAUGUCACAAACACCCGCUUCACUGUGACCGGCCUGACCCAGGAUGAGACAUACGAGUUCAGAGUCAUGGCCAGGAACGCCGUUGGGUCAGUGAGCAACCCGUCUGUUACUGCUGGACCAGCCACAUGUGUGGACACCUACGGUGCCCCAGAGAUUGAAAUACCUCAGGAGUACUUCAGUGAGGUCAAACACAAGGCCGGCUCUAAUGUGGAGCUCAAGUUUAAUAUCACAGCCAAACCUGCUCCAACUAUUGAGUGGUUGAAGGAUGGAAGAGAGCUUGAGCCCAGCGCCCAGCUCUCUUUUAAACACACAUUUGAGUACACCAGUGUGUUCCUGAAGGAAACCACUCGUUUGAAUUCUGGUACAUAUGAGGUCAGGGUGAAGAACUCCUUGGGAUCUGCAUGUGCUGUUGUGAGGCUGCUCAUACAAGACAAACCAGGUCCACCUGCUGGAGAGAUCCAGUUUAAGAAGGUGACUGCUGACAAUAUAACCAUCAUGUGGUCCCCACCUGCUGAUGAGGGCGGUGCCAUGGUGACUCAUUACAUUGUGGAGAAAAGAGAGACCAGCAGGGUCAUGUGGUCCAUAGUCUCAGAGAAGCUGGUGGACUGCAUUGUUAAUGUUCCCAGACUCAUCCAGGGCAAUGAGUACAUCUUCAGAGUUCGUGGAAUGAACAAAUACGGCAUUGGAGACCCACUGGAGUCUGAGCCCGUCAUUGCAAGGAAUGCAUUUGUUCCUCCUAGCGAGCCAUCUAAGCCUCAAGUCACCAUGAUUACCAAGUCCACCAUGACAGUGAUCUGGGAAAGACCUGCAUUGGAUGGAGGUAGCGACAUCGACGGCUACUACCUAGAGAAGAGGGAGAAGAAGAGUCUGCAGUGGUUCAAGGUGGUGAAGGGAACCAUCAGAGACACUCGGCAGAAAGUCACUAACCUGGUGGAGAACAGCGAGUACCAGUACAGAGUUUGUGCUGUCAACAAGGCUGGAGCAGGGAACUACUCUGAGUCUUCUGAACUCUACAAAGCUUACGACCCUAUCGAUCUGCCUGGUGAGCCAUCCAAGCUGCAUGUGGUUGACUCCACAAAGACUUCCAUCACCCUCGGCUGGGAGAAGCCCGUUUAUGAUGGUGGCAGUGAAAUCACUCACUACAUUUUGGACCAGAUGAACUCUGAAGACAAAGAAUGGGUGACCAUCAACCCACAGGUUAAGACCUGUGAAUACGUGGUGUCCCACCUCAUGCCUGGAACCUACUACUUUUUCAGAGUGUCGGCUGUCAACUCUAAGGGCAAAGGAGAGGACAUCAAAAUGUACCAACCUGUGCAAGCCAAAGAUAUCUUGGAGGAGGCUGAUCUGGACUUGGAUGUUUCAAUGACAACCCAGUACACAGCAAGAGCUGGCCGUGAUGUGGAAGUGUUUAUCCCCCUAAAGGGACGCCCCGCCCCCAAUGUCACAUGGCGCCGUGGCGACCGCAACAUGGCUGGUGACAACCGCUACUCCAUCACCAGCACUGAGCGAUCCACCACACUCCUCAUACCCAAGGUCACCCGUGAUGACUGUGGCAAGUACUUGCUGGAGAUUGAGAAUGGCGUUGGAGAACCAAAGAUAAUUAUGGUUUCCCUUAAAGUUCUGGAUAGUCCAGCCACCUGCCAGAAACUGUUGAUCAAGAACGUGACAAGAGGAAAAUUGACCCUCAGCUGGGAAGCUCCUCUCAUUGAUGGUGGUUCCCCUGUCACUAAUUACAUUGUUGAGAAGAAGGCCUCCACCAUGAAGGCUUACCAGGUGAUCACCGGAGAGUGUGCCAACACAUCCUACAAGGUCUCAGGCCUGGAGGAGGAUCGUGCUUAUUUCUUCCGUGUGUCUGCUGAAAACGAGUAUGGUGUGGGUGACACAUGUGAGACCACUGAGCCCGUCAGAGCCACGGAAACUCCAGGAGCUGUUAAAGAGCUGGUGAUGGUGGACUCCACAAAGAGCUCUGUUACCCUGCAGUGGACCAGACCUGACCAUGAUGGUGGCAGCCUCAUCACUGACUACAUUAUUGAGAAGAGAUCCCAGGAAGAGGUCACCUGGACUUUGGGUGCUACAUGUAAGCGCUGCAGCUGUGAAGUCACAGGACUCAAAGAAAACGCUAUCAUGGACUUUAGAGUAUUUGCCAAGAAUGAAAAGGGCAACAGUGACUUCUCACAGAUUGGUCCAAUCGUAGUGAUGGACUUCAUCAUUCCACCCGAUGCCCUUCUCAGCGACUACCCCAAUGGAGAGCUUGCUGUUCGCAUUGGUCAGAACAUCCACAUUGAAUUGCCCUUCAAGGGUAAGCCAAGACCAGCAAUCAGCUGGCUUAAGGAUAACUUCCCUCUGAAGGAAAGUGAGAAGAUUCGCUUCAGGACCACUGACAACAAGACUGCCAUCACAGUCAGAGGAGCCAAGAAAGAGCAUGCCGGCCAAUACACCUUGGUUCUGGACAACAGAGUCAUCAAGAACUAUUUUGACAUUAAUGUGAUCACUUUGGGAGCUCCCUCAGUGCCUGUUGGUCCUAUCCGCUUCGAUGAGAUUAAAGCUCAGAGUGUCAUCAUCUCCUGGGAUGAGCCAAAGGAGGAUGGAGGUGGCGAGAUCACCUGUUACAGUGUGGAGAAACGGGAGACUUCACAGGCUAACUGGAAGAUGGUCUGCUCCAGUGUUGUCAGGACCACAUUCAAGAUUCCCAACCUAGUCAAGGGAAGUGUGUACCAGUUCAGGGUCCGUGCGGAGAACAAGUAUGGAGUCAGUGAACCACUCAACUCCUCAGACAUUAUUGCCCAGCACCAAUACAAACCUCCAGGUCCCCCAGGAAAGCCAGUGGCCUUCAACAUCACCAGUGAUGGAAUGACCAUCAGUUGGGAGGCCCCUGAUUUUGAUGGAGGAUCCCCUAUAUUGGGCUAUCAUGUUGAGAAAAAGGACAGGAACAGCCUGUUGUGGCAGAAGGUGAACUCCUCUAUCAUCUCCAACAAAGAGUACAGAAUCAUUGGUCUCAUGGAGGGACUGGAGUACUCCUUCAGAGUCUAUGCAGAGAACAACGCUGGAAUUAGCACUGUUAGUGAACAGAGUAAACACGCACUCGCCAUCUCCCCUGUUGAUCCACCUGGCACUCCCACGUGCAUCGAUGUAACCAGAGAUUCGGUCACCCUGCAGUGGGACAUCCCCAACAGGGAUGGUGGCAGCAAGAUUGUGGCCUAUAGUGUGGAGAGGCGCCAAGGUAGAGGCAAAUGGCUGCGGUGCAACUUCACUGAUAUCAGCGAAACCCAGUUCACUGUGACUGGUUUGUCACCUGGAGACAGAUUCGAGUUCAGAGUGAUUGCUAGGAAUGCUGUGGGCACUGUCAGUCCACCGUCCAACUCCUCUGCAAACAUCAUGACCAGGGAUGAGAACAUUGCUCCUGAGAUCAUUUGGUCUCCAGAUCAGGUUCUAUCGAUGAGGGCUGGAGAGAAGGUGCAGCUCGGCUGCAGGAUCACUGGACGUCCUGUCCCCCAGGUUGUCUGGUACAAGGAUGGCAAAGAGAUCGACAAGAGGAUCAUGCUUGACAUUGAGAUCACCAGCGGUAUUGGAAACAGCAGUCUGUUUAUUCGCGAUGCUGACAGGAACCACCGUGGAAUCUACACUGUCGAAGCCAAAAACAGCUCCGGUACCAAGAAAGCUGAUGUCAAUGUCAGAGUACAAGAUACACCGGGACCUGUAGAAGGUCCAAUCCGUUUCACCGGCAUCACAGCCGAGAGGUGCACAGUGUGGUGGAACCCACCAGAGAAUGAUGGUUGUGCCGCCAUCACUCAUUAUGUGGUGGAGAAGAGGGAGACAUCCAGGAUCUCCUGGGCCUUGGUCACCUCCAAGUGUGAGGCCUGUUCUUACAAUGCCACCAACCUCAUCAGGGGCAAUGAGUACCAGUUCAGAGUCUCUGCUGUUAACAAGUUUGGUGUUGGCAAACCACUGGACUCUGAUCCUAUCAUCGCACAGAUGCAAUACACUGUGCCUGAUGCCCCUGGUACUCCAGAUGCCACGCAUGUGACUGGAAACAGCAUUACCAUGUGCUGGACUAGGCCAAGGUCAGAUGGAGGCAACGAGAUCAAACACUACAUCCUCGAGAGGCGAGAGAAGAAGAGUCUGCGCUGGCUGAAGGUUUCCUCUAAGAGGCCCAUCACAGAGCUGAGACACCGUGUCACCAAACUCACUGAGGGCAACGAGUAUGAGUUCCGUGUCAUGGCUGAAAACGGCGCUGGUGUUGGACCAGCCAGCAGUACCUCCAGGCUUUUCAAAUGUAGAGAGCCUACCAGUGCUCCUAGUGCUCCCACAGUGAUCAAGGUCACUGACUCCACUAAGUCAUCUGUCACCAUUGCAUGGACCAAGCCAGUCUUUGAUGGUGGAAUGGAAAUCAUUGGCUACAACAUUGACAUGUGUAAGGCCAGUCUGGAGGAGUGGCACAGAGUCAACAACCAGAUUUGCAUCCACACCAGUUACACUGCCAAGGGCUUGGUAGCUGGAGAGAUCUACAGGUUCAGAGUCAGUGCUGUAAAUGGAUCAGGAGAAGGCGAAGCCUCUGUGUUGGCCAGUCCUGUUCAGGCUCUGGACAGACUCACAUCUCCUGAGAUCGACAUCGAUGCCAACUUCAAGCAAACACACAUCGUAAAGAAUGGCGGUUUGGUCACACUCCAUGUUGCCUUCUGUGGCAAACCAGCGCCUCUUGCCAUCUGGUCUAAGGUAGACGGUGAGCUGCCUGUCAUGGCUGAUGUCAACACCACAGAUUCAUUCUCCACUCUGACUAUUGAGGGGUGCACAAGGUACGAGGCUGGCAAAUACACCCUGUCUCUAGAGAACAACAGUGGGCGCAAGUCCAUCACGUUCACUGUCAAAGUGCUGGAUACACCUGGGCCUCCAGGAGCCAUCACCUUCAAAGAUGUUACCCGUGGAGCCUUGACAAUGAUGUGGGAUGCCCCCACCAAUGAUGGUGGAUCCCGAAUCCACCACUACAUUGUAGACAAGCGUGAGGCCAGCCGUCUGGCCUGGCAGGAAGUCAGUACCAAGUGCUCUCGGCAGAUGAUUAGGGUAACUGGUUUGGAUAUUGGCGUGCGAUAUCUGUUCAGGGUGAUUGCUGUUAACCAGUAUGGCCAGGGAGAACCUCAUGAGAUGACAGAGCCUAUCAUUGCCACCGAAGAACCAGCACCACCCAAGAGACUGGAUGUCGUUGACACCACCAACUCUUCAGCCUCGCUGGUAUGGCUGAAGCCUGAGCAUGAUGGAGGCAGCCGCAUCAGAGGCUACAUCGUUGAAUUCAGAGCUAAAGGCACUGACCGCUGGGUAGUAAGCGAAGAGACCAAGUCCCAAAAGAUGCUAGUGGAAGGUCUGAUUGAGAACACUGAGUAUGACUUCAGAGUCAAGGCCAAGAACGAUGCUGGUAUCAGCGAGCCUCAGGGCACCUUUGGCUCUGUGGUCAUUAAGGAGCCUCGCAUUGAACCAACUGCUGACCUCAGCAGCAUCACCAACCAGCUCAUCACCUGCAAGACCUCCAACACCUUCACAAUCGACAUCCCAAUCAGUGGCAGACCCGCGCCCAAGGUCACGUGGAAGCUGGAAGAGAUGAAGCUGAAGGAGACAGACAGAGUCUCCAUUAAGACCACAAAGGAGAGAACCACUCUGGUGGUGAAAGACAGCAAGAGAAGCGAUAGUGGCAAAUACUACUUGACCCUUGAGAACACAGCUGGUGUGAAGACAUUCACAGUGACUGUAGUUGUCGUUGGCAGACCGACUCCACCCACAGGCCCAGUAGACAUUUCUGGAGUUUCCUCAGAAUCCUGCACCCUGUCUUGGUCUGAGCCAGCGGACGAUGGCGGCACUGACAUCACCAACUAUAUUGUGGAAAAACGAGAGUCUGGCACUGCCUCCUGGCAAGUGGUGAACUCUAGUGUGAAGAGAACCACUAUCAAAGUGACUCAUCUUACCAAGUACUUGGAGUACACAUUCAGAGUGUGUGCUGAGAACAAGUUUGGAGUAAGCAAGUCCAUUGAGUCUGCUGCUGUUGUCAUUGAGCAUCCAUUUGUUCCUCCAAGUCCUCCAACUCGUCCAGAUGUUGUAUCUGUCUCUGCCAGCACCAUCAGCAUCAAAUGGGAUGUGCCAUAUGCAGAUGGUGGCAGCAAGAUUUCAGGCUACUGGAUUGAGAAGAAGGAAAGGAACACGAUUCUGUGGGUGAGGGAAAACAAACUGCCUUGCCUGGAGUGCCAUUACAAGAUAUCCAGCCUGAUCGAGGGCCUGGACUACCAGUUCAGGGUGUAUGCCAUGAACAUUGCUGGACUCAGCAAGGCCAGCGAGGCCUCCAGACCUGUGACGGCGCUCAACCCUGUUGAUCCUCCUGGUAAACCCGAGGUGACGGAUAUUAGCCACUCCUCUGUAUCACUGUGCUGGACUGUGCCAUUUAAUGAUGGUGGCAGCAGGAUCGUUGGGUAUGUGGUGGAAAGGAAAGUCUAUAGCACGGAUGAGUGGGAUGACAACCGCUGGCUCAAGUGCAACUACACCACCAUCAGUGAGAACUACUUCACCGUGACUAACCUGGGAGAGGGAGAGACAUAUGAGUACCAUGUCAUCGCUAAAAAUGCAGCAGGUGUCCACAGCGCACCUUCAGAGUCUACCGGACCAAUCACAUGCAAAGACGAAUACUCUCCUCCCAAAGCUGAACUUGACAGCAAGCUGGUGGGUGAGACAGUCACGGUCUCUGCCGGCUCCGAUCUUGUCUUGGACGGUGCUGUAGGUGGUAAACCGGAGCCUACGGUCUUCUGGUCGAAGGGCGACAAGAUUUUGGAGCUGGGAGAGAAAUAUUCGCUGACCUACACUGCCACCAGAGCCAUGGCCAUCAUCAAGGACUGCAACAGAUACGACACAGGCAGAUACAUCCUGACUGUUAAGAAUGCCAGCGGAAUCAAGACUGCUGCUGUCAACGUUAAAGUACUAGACACUCCUGGAGCACCGGCUGACAAGAUCGUAAUCAGCAGAGUGACAGAGGAGAAAUGUACAGUGUCGUGGAAGAUUCCACUGCAGGAUGGUGGUGACAUUGUCACCCAUUACAUCGUGGAGCGUCGCGAGACCAGCCGCCUCAACUGGGUCAUCAUGGAGGCUGACUGCAAGUCUCUGUCAUGUGUCAGCAGCAGGCUGAUCAAGAAUAACGAGUACAUUUUCAGAGUCAGAGGAGUCAACAAGUUCGGACCUGGAGUUCCUCUAGAAUCUGAUCCCAUCAUCGCCAGGAAUGCCUACACCAUCCCGUCCCAGCCAGGCACACCGGAGGUUACAGCUGUGGCCAAGGAGCAUGUCAUCAUCGAGUGGCUGAAGCCUGAGAGCGAUGGAGGCAGCGAGAUCAAAACCUACAUUGUGGAUAAACGAGAGAAGAGCAGCACCAGGUGGACUCGAGUUAAUAAGAAUUACACCAUCUACGACACUCGUCUGAAGAUCUCAGGUCUAUUGGAGGGAAGCGAGUACAUGUUUAGAGUGACUGCUGUCAAUGCUGCUGGAGACAGCCAGCCGAGCGACGCCUCACCAUACAUCCUCUGCAAAGACCCCACUUAUACACCAGCGUCUCCAUCAAUGCCUCGCAUCACUGACACAACCAAGCACAGCAUCAGCCUGACUUGGACCAGACCCAUGUAUGAUGGAGGCUCAGACGUCAGCGGCUAUAUGGUUGAGAUCUUAGAGGAGGGCUCCGAGCAGUGGUACCGUGCCACCGCCAAGGCACUCAAGACCAAUGAGUAUGUGGCAGCUGGCCUGACAGCCAAUAAGAAGUAUAGAUUCAGAGUAGCUGCCAUCAACAACAACGGCACCGGGGAGUUCAGUGAACCAAGUGCUGAGGUCCAGCCUCUAGAGAGAAUUGAAAUUCCUGACCUGGAGCUUGCCGACGAUCUGAAGAAAACGGUGUGUCUGCGAGCCGGAGGAACCCUGCGUCUGUUUGUGUCUGUCACUGGCCGGCCAAUACCAGUGGUGUCCUGGAGGAAGACAGGUGUGGAGCUGCAGACCCGUGGCUUCAUUGAAACCACCAAUAGCUACACCAUGCUAAUGGUGGAAAAGGUUACUCGCUAUGACUCUGGAAAAUACGUUGUGGAGGCAGAGAACCCAUCUGGCAAGAAGACUACAACCAUUCUGGUCAAAGUCUAUGACACCCCUGGUCCUCCAGGUUCAGUGAAGGUGAAGGACUACACCAAGGAGUCAGUUGUGAUCACCUGGGAUGUCCCGAGCAUUGAUGGUGGUGCUCAUGUCAGCAACUACAUUAUAGAGAAGCGUGAAGCCAACAUGAAGUCAUACAAGACCAUCACCACUGAGUGUAGAAAGACCCUGUUCAGGAUCACUGGCCUGGAGGAGGGAGUGCACUACUUCUUCAGAGUCCUGCCAGAGAACAUCUAUGGCGUCGGUGAGCCGUGCGACACGUCUGAGGCUGUGCUGGUGUGCGAGGUGCCAUCAGUGCCUUUGAGCCUCCAGAUGGUUGAUGUCACUAAGUCCUCAGUCACACUGCUCUGGGAGAAGCCAGUGCACGAUGGCGGCAGCAGGCUGACAGGUUACGUCAUCGAGGCCUGCAAAGUGGGCCUAGACAGGUGGACUGCCGUGGCGACAGUCAAGGCGUCAGUGUCCCAGCACACCAUCCAAUCCUUGAUGGAGAAUGACCAGUACCUUUUCAGAAUCAGAGCCACCAACAGCAGGGGAGCCAGUGAGCCCAUGGACAUUGUAACUCCGAUCACAAUUCAAGAGAUUAAGGUGAUGCCCAAGAUUGACCUGACCAGCAUCCCUCAGAAAAUAGUCCAUGUGCACCGUGGCAAACCCAUCGACUUUAACAUCCCGAUAAAAGCUAAGCCACAGCCUGAAUGCUCCUGGUUCUUCGGUGGUGCCAAGUUGAAGGACAGCCUGGACCGCAUCAAAAUUGACAGCAACGGCAAAUAUACCCACCUUGUCAUACGUGAUACCACAAUCAGUGACACGGGAGACUACACGCUGCAGGUUAAGAAUGCCAUUGGCAUGGCAACAGAGGUCAUCAAGGUCAUCAUACUUGACAAACCUGGAAUCCCAGUUGGUCCAAUGAAGAUUGAGGAGACUGACGGUAUUUCAGUGACCGUCAGCUGGGAACUUCCAGAGAAGGACGGUGGGGCCAAUGUCAGUGGCUACGUGGUGGAGCAGCGUGAUGCCCACCGGCCAGGCUGGUCCACCAUCUCAGAGUCAGUGACCCGGCCCUGCUUCAAGUUCACCAGACUCACAGAGGGAACAGAGUAUGUGUUCCGUGUUGCAGCCAUGAAUCGCUUUGGUGUUGGUGGCUUCCUGCAGUCUGAGGUGGUGGAGUGCAAGAGCGCCAAGACCAUCCCUGGACCUCCAAGCAGGCCAAAUGUGCUUGAUGUAACCCACGAGGGUAUGACCCUGACCUGGCAACCACCUGAGGACAAUGGUGGCUCCACCAUUGCCGGCUACAUAAUUGAACGUAAGGAGCCCCAUUCUGACAGGUGGAUGAAGAUCAACAAGAACCCUGUCACCAUGACCAGGUACCGCUCCUCCGGCCUGAUCGAGGGCCUGGAGUAUGAAUACCGUGUCACUGCCAUCAACUCGAGAGGAGCUGGGAAACCCAGCGAGAGCUCUGUCAUUACUGUCGCCAUGGAUCCCAUUGAGCCUCCAGGAGCUCCAGUUCAACCUAGAGUCACUGACAGCACCAGGACUUCAGUCUCUCUGGCCUGGUUGCCACCUGAAGAGGAGGGUGGUGCUGUGAUUACUGGCUACUUUAUCGAGAUGCAGAAGGUGGACCAGGUGGAAUGGACAUUGUGCAACACCACACCCACCAAGAUGUGCGAGUACACUCUCACCCACAUGCCCCAGGGUGCUGAGUACAAGUUCAGGGUCAUCGCUUGCAAUGCUGGUGGUUCCGGAGAGCCUGCAGAGAUUCCAGGAGUUGUUAAAGUCCAGGAGAUGCUGGAUUAUCCCAACUAUGAGCUUGAUCGUAAAUAUGAGGAGGGCUACGUAGUGCGGCAGGGUGGAGUCAUCCAUCUGUCUGUGGCCAUCAAGGGUAAACCCAUCCCUACAUGUAAGUGGACCAAGGAUGGUCGGGACAUCUCCCAUCGAGCCAUGAUCGCCACCCACGAUGACAUCACCGAGUUGGUCAUCAAAGAGGCGCACAAAGACGACACCGGUACCUACGACCUAGUGCUGGAGAACAAAUGUGGCAGGAAGGCCGUGUACAUCAAGGUUAAAGUGAUUGGACGCCCUGAUUCCCCAGAGGGCCCUCUGGAAUUUGAUGACAUUCAAGCUAGAUCCUUGCGGGUUAGCUGGAGACCACCUUCAGAUGAUGGCGGUUCUGACAUCCUAGGAUACAUCGUGGAAAGGCGUGAGGUACCCAAGGCUGCCUGGUGUACAGUGGACUCCCGGGUAAUCGAGAAUUCUCUGGUGGUGAAAGGCCUGAAGGAAAAUGUGGAGUAUCACUUCAAGGUUUCUGCUGAGAACCAGUUCGGUGUCAGCAGAUCUCUCAAGUCUGAUGAGUCUGUCACACCUAAGACACCACUUUGCCCACCAGAACCUCCUAGCAACCCACCUGAGAUUAUGGACGUGACCAAGUCUACAGUGUCUUUGUCCUGGGCCCGUCCUCGGGAUGAUGGAGGCUCUCGCAUCACAGGAUACUAUGUGGAAAGGAGGGAGGUGUCGACAGAGAAGUGGGUCCGCCAUAACAAGACCCACAUCACCACCACCAUGUACAAUGUGACUGGUCUCAUUCCUGAUGCAGAGUACAUGUUCAGAGUAGUGGCUCAGAACGACAUUGGGCAAAGUGAACCUGGUCCUGCUUCAGAGUCGUUGGUCUGCAAAGAUCCAUUUGACAAACCCAGCCAGCCAGGAGAGAUCGACAUCAUCUCCAUCACCAAAGACUGCAUCACCAUCCACUGGCUCAGGCCUGAGCAUGACGGAGGCAAGGAGAUUCUAGGCUACUGGAUUGAGUUCAGGCAGGCUGGAGAAAGUGCCUGGAAGAAAUGCAACAAAGAGCGCUCCAAGGAUCGUCAGUUCACCAUGGGUGGAUUAAUGGAGGCCACCGAGUACGAGUUUAGAAUCUUUGCUGAGAAUGAGACUGGAUUCAGCCGACCUCGUCGCACACCUAUGGGCAUCAAGACUAAACUGAGUGUUGGUGAAGCUCCAGCUUUGAAGGAAGGGAUCCAAGAUGUUACCACCAAACUUGGUGAGUUGGGCAGUCUGACCUGUGGCAUUAUUGGCAGACCUCUGCCUGAGAUCAAGUGGUACCGCUUCGGAAAGGAACUGAUUCAGAGCCGCAAGUACAAGAUGAGCUCAGAUGGCCGUAACCACUCCCUCAGUAUCCUGACAGAUGAGCAGGAAGACGAGGGCGUGUAUACCUGCAGGGCCAUCAAUGAGGCCGGAGAGAUUGAAACCAGCGGCAAACUGCGUCUUCAAGCAGCUCCUCAGUUCCAUCCUGGGUUCCCUCUGAAGGAGAAGUACUUUGCUGGAGCUGGCACCAGUCUCCGCCUGCAUGUCGUCUACAUUGGGCGCCCCAUCCCCCAGAUCAUGUGGUUCUAUGGCAAGAAGCCUCUGAAUUCAUCAGAAAAUGUGAUCAUUGAAAACACAGAAAGCUACACCCACCUGGUUGUGAGGAACGUCCAGAGAAAGACAAAUGCCGGCCGCUAUAAGGUUCAACUCAGCAAUGGGUUUGGAACCAUUGACACUGUUCUGCGUGUUGAAAUUCAAGAUAAACCAUGCAUCCCUGAGGGUCCAUUGGUUAUUGAUGCUCUGCUAAAGAGCUCAGUUGUUAUCAGCUGGAAAGCUCCCAAGGAUGAUGGAGGUUCCAUGAUCUCAAACUACAUUGUGGAGAAGCGUGAAGCCAAAGAGGGUGAGCAGUGGCACCUGGUGUCCUCCUCAGUCUCUGGCACCACCUGCCGUGUCCCCAACCUGAUAGAAAAUGCCGGGUACUACUUCAGAGUCUCUGCCCAGAACCAGUACGGAGUCAGCGAGGCUCUGGAAAUCCCAUCAGUUGUCAUCAUUAAGAGUCCAUUCGAAAAACCGGGCAUCCCACAGCAGCCCUUCAUCAUCAGCUCCGCCAAGGACUCCUGUGUUGUCUGCUGGAAGCCUCCAAGCAGUGAUGGUGGAGCUAAAAUUUCAAACUACUAUCUGGAGAAACGUGAGAAGAAGCAGAACAAGUGGAUUUCAGUUACCAACAAGAAGAUCAUGGAGACCAGUUACGAGGUCACGGGCUUGAUUGAGGGAUUCGAGUAUGAGUUCCGUGUCAAGUGUGAGAACAUGGGUGGUGAGAGCGGCUGGAGCGAGACCUCUGCGGCAAUCAUCCCGAAGUCUGACCAGUCUCCUCGCGCUCCUGCAUUCAGGGAGGAGAUCAGGGACAUGAACGUCAAAUACCAAGCCAAUGCUACCUUUGUCACUAAGGUGGUGGGACAUCCAAAGCCUGUGGUCAAAUGGUACCGCAGUGGAAAGGAAGUUCUGGCAGAUGGUACCAAGAUCAAAGCUCAGGAGUUCAAGGGAGGCUACUACCAGCUUGUCAUCACAUCUGCUGAUGAGAAUGAUGCCACGGUUUAUCAAGUCAGGGCAACCAACCCCUCAGGAUCUAUCUCUACAACAGCCAACCUGGAAGUGGAAGUUCCUGCUAAAAUCCACCUGCCCAAAGAGCUCCAGGGAAUGGGGGCAGUCCACGCUGUCUGUGGAGAUCAGAUCACCAUCAAGAUCCCCAUCACUGGCAAGCCUGAGCCAGCAAUCAUUUGGCAGAAGGGCCAGGAGAUCCUCUCCAACUCUCCUCACCACCAAGUCAUCACCACCAGGUCUUUCACCUCCCUGGUCUUCCAUAAGGGAGUGCAGAGGAGAGAUAAUGGCUAUUACAUUAUUACUGCAAAGAAUAGGUUUGGAAUGGACAAGCAAACCAUCGAGGUGAAUGUGGCUGACAUACCUGAAGCUCCAAAGGGACUCGUGGUCAGUGAUAUUACUCGGGAUUCCAUCACUAUGACCUGGGAGCCUCCUGCCAAUGACGGGGGUUGUGACAUUAUUGGCUACAUUGUGGAGAAGUGUCCCACCACUGCUGACAGGUGGAUCCGUGCUGGACAGACCACCGACUGUAGCAUCACCAUCAUCAACAUAUUUGGAAAGACCAAAUACCAGUUCCGUGUCAUUGCUGAGAACGGGUUUGGUCUGAGUCCUCCUUCUGUGCCAACUGAGCCCAUCACUACAAAAGAAGACAAGUCUGUGAUUAGGAAUUAUGAUGAGGAAGUGGAUGAAGCCAGAGAGAUCACCAAGGACGAAGCUCUAUUCUACAAGGUGAAGGAGUUGUCCUCCAAGUACAUCAUCUCUGAGGAGCUUGCUCGCUGCCAGUUUGGAGCAGUCCACCGCUGCGUUGAGAUUGCUACUAAGAAGACCUUCAUGGCCAAGUUCAUCAAGGUCAAAGGAACUGACCGGGAGUUGGUUCUUAGGGAAAUUGAGGCCCUCAACAUAGCAAGGCACAAGAAUGUAAUUCACCUGCAUGAAUACUUUGAAAGUAUGGAAGAAAUUAUCCUGAUCUUUGAAUUCAUUUCUGGAGUUGACAUCUUUGAGCGCCUUGGAACCAGCAACUUUGAGCUCACGGAGCAGGAGAUUGUCCGCUACCUGAGGCAAGUCUGCUCUUCCCUCAAGUUCUUGCAUAGCAGCAACUUCGGUCACUUUGAUGUCCGCCCAGACAACAUUGUCUAUUCUACAAGGAGAAGCACCACUAUAAAGAUUAUUGAGAUGGGCCAAGCUCGGCUGCUAGUGCCAGGAGAAAACAUCAGAAUGCUGUUCUCAGCUCCAGAGUACUGUGCCCCAGAGGUCCACCGCCAUGACUUAGUCACAACAGCCACUGAUAUGUGGUCUGUUGGUGUUAUGGCCUAUGUUUUGCUCAGUGGCCUUAAUCCAUUUGCAGCAGAGUCAACUACGAAGAUGAUUGAGAACAUCUCCAACUGUGAGUUUAUCUUUGAUAGUGAAGCAUUUAAGGACAUCAGCCUGGAGGCCAUGGACUUUGUGGACAGACUUUUAGUCAAGGACAUGAAGCUCCGUAUGACCGCCCAUGAGGCUUUGGAGCACCCAUGGCUCAAGAUGAAGAUUGAGCAUGUCAGCAACAAGGUCAUUAGGACACUGAGACACAGAAGGUACUACCAGACCUUUGUGAAGAGGAUGGACACUAUCGUAUCGGCAGCUCGUGUUGCUUACGGUGGCGCCUUCAAAAACCAGAGAGGAUUAGCUGUGGGUAAAGUGAAGAUUGGCACCGAGUACCAUGGCCUUCGUGCUGGUCCAGUCAUGCAUGGCUCAGCUGAGGAAGGCGGCCAUGUCAGAUUCACUUGUAGCAUUGCCAACUAUGACAAGAGUACACAGGUGUCAUGGUACUUCGGAAACCGUCAGCUACACCCAAGCCCCAAGUAUGAGAUCACUUACACUAAUGGUUUUGCUAGCAUUUAUGUUAAGGACAUUGAAGACAGUGAUGAUGGUGUGUACAGAUGCAAGGUGGUGAGUGACGAUGGAGAGGACAGUGCUUAUGGAGAGCUUUUUGUUGAUACAGUAAGAAGCAUCAGAGAGCACUUUGUAAGCCGCUCCAUCAAGAAACUGAGGAAGAGAGUUGACAAGACUAAACUCCUGCAGAGACCACCAGAGUUUACUUUGCCUCUGUACAAUAGCGCUGCCUACAUUGGCGAAGAUGUCCGCUUUGGUGUCACUAUUACUGUGCACCCGGAGCCUCAUGUAGCAUGGCUUAAGAAUGGAGAGAGAAUCAGGCCAGGCGACGACGACAGCAAGUACACAUUCACCAGUGAUAAGGGUCUGUACCAGCUAAUGAUCCACAACCUGGACAUGAACGAUGAUGCUGAAUACACAGUCAUGGCCCACAACAAGUUUGGAGAAGACAGCUGCAAGGCUCGCCUCACUGUGACACCUCAUCCUGUGAUGGAGGAAACAAUGAGGCCCAUGUUCAAACGUCUCUUGGCUAAUGUGGAGUGCAUAGAAGGGCAUAGUGUCCAUUUCGAACUCAGAGUCUCAGGAAUCCCAAGUCCUACUCUGAAAUGGGAAAAGGACGGUCAACCACUACAGUUUGGUCCUAAGGUUGUUGUCAUACAGGAAGAUGUUGAUUACCAUGUCCUACAUGUCAGAGACACACUGCUUGAGGACUCUGGUUUGUACAAGGUUACUGCAACCAACUCAGCUGGCUCUGCAAGCUGCCAGGCUACACUGAAGGUCGACCGUCUGACCUAUACCAGGAGAGAGUAUAAGAGCGAGGAGGAAAAAUACAGACACAUACAGAAAGAAAUUGAAAAGACGAACAAGAUGGCUCAACGAAUUGUUGCCACUGAGGAGCUUGUACCUUUCAACCCAACAGCCCAGGAGGCCCUCAAAUUUGCUGCAGAGAUGUACAAGCCUGCAGUGAGUACCAAGAACAUUGAAGGUGAGUUUGACAUCACAGUGGAGAAGUCUGAUACCAAGAAGCUGGAGGAGGAAAGGAGGAUCUUCAUGCCAUAUGAGAUGCCUGAGCCAUUAGUUCACGAUCCUCGGGUUUUGGAUGAAGACAAGGCCAUCAAACAGUUUGUACCUCUCUCUGAUAUGAAGUGGUACAGAAAGCUGAGAGACCAGUAUGAGAUUCCAGAGAGGAUGGAAAGGAUUGUGCAGAAGAGACAGAGACGUAUUCGCUUGUCUAGGUGGGAACAGUUUUAUGUCAUGCCCCUUCCCCGAAUUACUGACCAGUACAGGCCUAGAUGGCGUAUUCCAAAACUCAGCCUGGAUGAUCUGGAGACUGUCAGGCCUGCACGCCGUUCACCCUCCCCUGAAUCUGAGGUUUCCUUCAAAUCGAGGAGGAGAUCCCUGGCAGACCUGAGCGACGAGGAGCUUCUGAUGCCUGUGGACGACUACCUCACCAUGAGGAGAACAGAGGAGGAGAAAAUGAUGCUGGAGGAUGAACUGGAGCUCGGUUUUUCUGCAUCUCCUGCUGGCAGCCCUGUCCGCAUAGAGCGGCGUGCCAUGGAACGUGAAGAGAGGAGACAGGAGUUCAGGCAGGAGUCUGUUGAAGUUGUUGAGAAGAAGAAGCGUACUGUUUCUCAGUUCAUGAGGAGGAGAAGAUCAUUGUCUCCCACAUACAUUGAGCUGAUGCGUCCUGUCGCAGAGCUGAUCAGACCAUCUCGGACCAGGCCACCUGUGGAAGUAGAGGGAGAGAUUGUGGGGAGGAGGUCCCCCACCCCAGAGAGGACUCGUCCCCGCUCUCCCAGCCCCAUCAGAUCAGUUGAGAGGUCUUCCCGCUCCUCCUCCAGGUUUGAGAGAUCUGCCCGCUUUGACAUCAUGUCCCGCUAUGAGGCCAGAAAGGCUGCUCUGAAAUCAGAGAGAAAAUAUCAAGUUGUCAGCCAGACACCUUUCAGCCUUGAUCAUGCUCCCCGUGUGACCGUCAGAAUGCGUUCUCAUCGCAUACCGAUUGGCCAAGACACCAGAUUCACGCUGAACAUGCAAGCCAAGCCAGAGGGUGAGAUCAAGUGGUUCCAUAAUGGAACUGCAAUCUCUGAAAGUAGUGAGAAAUAUGUAUUCACCAACAUGAGUGGUGUUUUGUCCAUCGGUAUCCUGGACUGCCAGGAAGAUGACAGUGGCACAUACCGUUGUGUCUGCUCCAACUCUAAGGGUGAGGCAUCAGACUAUGCCACACUGGAUGUGUCAGGUGGAGGAUACACCACCUUCUCCUCUCGCCGCAAAGAUGAGGAAGUUACCAAAGCAUUUGUCCCUGAAGUAACUCGUAUUGACCACUAUCACACCACACACUUUAAAACUGGCUAUGCCUCCCAGACCCACUUUGAAGUGGAGGAGAGCAAGUCUAAGUUGACCGAGACACAUGAGGUUGCUACUCGUGAAAGAUAUGCAGCCUCAUCUGAGAGGUAUGAUUCAUCUAUCAAAUACGCCUCGGCUGAAUACCUGUCAUCUGCUUCCUCCUACUCAUCAGACACAUUUUCUCUUACUGGGAAGCACUCCACUUCUGAAUCCAAACUUAAGUCAUCCUCUGCUGCCGUAGCUAAGGAAGCUUCAGUCCAAAAGGUGAAGCCUUCUCUUCCGGCUAGGAUCCUCACCAAGCCUCAGUCUGUGACGAUUGAAGAGGGAGAGACGGCCAGAUUCUCCUGUGAUAUUGAUGGGGAGCCUGCACCCAGUGUUUCAUGGAUGCACGAGAGCAGAACUCUUGUUGCGUCUCACCGUGUCCAGGUCACCACAACUCAAUACAAGUCCAACCUGGAGGUUUCCUCUGUGAUGACUUCAGACGAGGGCAGUUACACGGUGGUGGUAGAGAACUCGGCAGGCAGACAGGAGGCUCACUUCACUUUAACCAUUCGCAGAGCAGCUCCCAAAGUAGAAGUUAAGGCUGUCAAAUCCCCUGAGCCAUCUGUAGAGUCACCAUGUCCUAGUGUAAAGUCUCCAGUGCCUUCAGUCACAUCACCUGCUCCCUCCAUAACAUCCCCUGUUCCCAGUGUAAAGUCACCUGAACCCAGUGUUACAUCCCCCGUGCCUUCAAUUAAAUCACCAACACCAAGUGUCAAAUCCCCUGUACCAUGUGCAACAUCUCCUACUCCGAGUGUGAAGUCUCCUGAACCAGAUGGAAUUAAGUCUCCUAGGAGUGUCAAGUCUCCUGUGCCAUCUGCAACCUCUCCAGCACCCAGCUUAAAAUCACCAGCUCCAACUGUCAAAUCUCCUGAACCUGAGGGAGUUAAGUCACCACGUGGUAUAAAAUCCCCAGAACCCAGACUCAAGUCACCAACACAAAUUAAGUCUCCAGAGAGAGUGAAGUCACCUGAAUCUGUGGAACUCAAAUCCCCUCGUGGUGUCAAAUCUCCAGAACUCCCAGGACUCAAAACACCAAAAGGAAUGAAGUCCCCAGAACCUGCUGGAAUAAAAACACCGAAAGGCAUCAAGUCCCCAGAACCGACAGGGAUCAAAUCGCCCAGGGUGUUAAAGUCCCCUGAGCCAGAGGGAAUCAAAUCACCUCCUAGGAUGAAGUCUCCUCCUCCGAUCAUGUCCCCUAAGAGGGUUGUGUCUCCACCCCCUGUCAAAUCCCCAAUCCCGAAACCUCCCAAGGUUCUGAGUCAACUAACAGCUGAAGCCUGUGAGGGCUCAGUCAGGAUGUCCUGUGUCUGUGAGAAGAGUGUCAGAGAGGUGGUGUGGUACGUCAACGGGAGGAGACUUUCGCAGAGCAGUCACCUUGAGAUGCAAUACUCUGAGGGCUCCUGCAGCCUUGUAAUCCACAAUCUUGCGGACAGCGAUCAGGGAGAGUACACCUGUGAGAUGACAUCAGAGGGAGGAGUAUCCAAAUCCUCCUUUUCCUUCACUGGACAGGUGUUCCAGUCCAUACGCAUGAAGAUCACAGCCUAUCGUGAGCAGCAAGUGGCUCUUAAAGGAUCAUCGAUGAUGAGUCACAAGGAAUCUUCAGCAUCCAUGAGCUCAUCCAUGAUGAAGAAAGAAAUCCACACAAUGGAAGAGUCGUCGUUUUCUUCCUCCACCCAGCAAGCCAUGAUGUCAUCCAUGAUGGAGUCCAGCUCCUUCAGCAGCAUGGCAGCUGAGAUGAAGUUUGAGACCAUGUCCAUGUCCAGCAUGUCCACGGUCGCAUCUGAGACGUACGCACUGAGCUCCAGCAGCCUCACCGAGGGGUCUUCGUUCAGAGCAAUCGGUUCUGCGCCCAGAAUCGAGGCUCUGCCGGAGGACAUCAGCAUCGAGCCGGGCAAAGUCCUGACAGUCACCUGUGCCUUCUCCGGUGACGCCAAACACAUCGAGUGGUCCCGCGGUGGCAAAACCAUCGAGGUGACUGCUGGUGGACGCUUCCACAUAGAGACGACGGAGGAUCUAACCACCCUCAUCAUCACCAGGGUUAAAGAGGAAGAUGCAGGAACCUAUACCCUCAAACUGUCCAAUGAGCUCGGAUCUGACUCAGCAACUGUUCACAUUAGCAUUCGAUCAGUGUAAAAAAAAAUCUUCCCCUUUUCUCUACUUCCAUACCUUUUUAUUUAUUAAUUGAGCAAAAUAAUCUACUUGAUAAAGAUCUCAAUUUCUGUUCUUGUAUAUAUAUCUUAACUAUUUUUGUACCAAACUUGACAUUAAUUUAUGCCAAACUAGACUAAAGUCUAAAGUUGUUAUAAAAUGUGCCAUAUUGGAUAACUAUGACUUAGGAUUUUUGAUCCAUUUUUCUGUGACAUGUACAUAAUGUAUAUAGCCGAAUUUAACGGUUAUGGGAAAUGUAUGUAUUGUUAUUUAUGACAAUAAUAUUAACUGAAACAAAAUGAAACUAAAUGUGGUUUAACAGGAGAAAGUUUCAUCAGAAACGAAUACCCUGUUAAACUGAGAAACUAAACUGUGCCUCAACGAUAAGUUGAAGUCUUAAGAUUGCCUCAGCAGGUAGAGAGGCUCCCUGUUGACGAUAACUCAAUCAGAGACAAACUAUACAUGCACUGCUGCAGAGUGAGAGCAGUGCAGGUGCUUUGUAACAUGAGUAUGAGAUCCUGAGUCCUGUUUGCAUUUACCCUCUUGUAAGCAGGACGACUGGACCUCGCACUCUUACGGAUUAUGUCAUACCGCCAUUUUCAUGACAUGCUCACAGUGCGAGCGGCCUGCACUCCCUGAGCACAUGUUUCUUUUUUGUUUUGUGCUCUGCUUCUGGCAAACGACCUCUUGCUCGGGCUCCUCAGUUACCACCAACCUGGCCAAUCACGUGAAACAAGAGUCCUUCCUGCGCUCGUUUGCAGAGGCAGAGCUGUCUCUCGGAGGUCUGCAGCGUUUUUUGUGUGUUAGAUUUUAGUUCACUUGUCAGUCAAGCAGAUGCAGCGCAGCCGAAACAAACUGAGCUGCAUUAAACCCAGGACAGAAUCCAGCGUGGUCCUGCGUGUUGCUCUGUGUUUUGGUGUGAUUGAAGUUGGAGUUGUAGCAUGGAACUAUUUUCGCAGCCUCCUUGAGUUUUCUCCAAUUAUUGAUUUAAUAAAGCAUGAUUAUCAGCACUGCA